AUGUCCUCCAUCCUACCCUUCACUCCCCCCAUAGUCAAGAGGCUGCUGGGCUGGAAGAAGGGAGAGCAGAAUGGGCAGGAGGAGAAGUGGUGUGAGAAGGCAGUGAAAAGCCUGGUGAAAAAGCUGAAGAAGACUGGACAGCUGGACGAACUGGAGAAAGCCCUGACAACCCAGAGCAUCAGCACCAAGUGCAUCACCAUCCCCAGGUGAGAAGAUGUGGGCACAGACACCAUGCCACCUUCACAUGCCAGAGCUUGGCACAGGGCAAAUAAUUACUAAAUAAUAAAGGGGGUUAAUGGUUACACUGCAAGGACUCACUCAAACUUCCUCCAAUUCAUCUGCUUCUCAGUCAUGGUGGGUGCCAAAUGUAAACACUGGCUCAUGAAGGUGGUUAUUAUAGUGAGCUGGCAGGGGUGUAGGCAGACACACAGUGGGUAUAAUGGAUAAAAUGUAUCUGUCCACGGUAAGGGCAUAUUUAGUAAUUUCUAUCACAAUAUAUAAGUACCUGCUUUAAUUCUGCUUGUUAUCAUGCUUGUUUAAACUUCCCAUCAUCUGUCUGCCCUGGUAGAAAUUAGUGGCCAGAGUUUGAGUCAUACAUAAAGUUGCUAAUAUGCCCCACAGCAAGCUUUUCUGAAUGGUUGUAAAUACCUGUUAAGACAAAAAAGAAAAACACCAACAACCUCACCCUUGUUGCUAUUUUUCUGUAUAACAACUCUGAGGAUAUUUUACUAGUAAUAUAAUUUGGGAAAUCUACCGACAAUUGACUGUGUAAGCUUUGGAAUCAGAACUCGCAAUUUAAAAAAAAAUAAAAAAUGUGUUUAACCUAAAAUAUGAAAUUCACAGUAUACAGGGUUCUUUACUGAAGUGAGAAUUAUCAGUUAUUCCAAGAGAAUUUCAAAUUGAAAGGAACACUCCGCACAUCAUAACAUUCUCGUAAGAAUUAAGUGGUUAUGGUGCCAGGAGGUCACUGGCGCUCUCUUACCUUCAGAGGUUAAACUGUUAACGAACGUUUAACCCCAAAGUGUUGAAUUUGUUGCUGUUUAGCUCUGCCCAUCUACUUCAGCUUCUGUCUUGAGGCUUGAAUCAGGAAUCCUUGGACGGAGGUGCCGCUGAGAGCCUCAGCUGACACAAUACGGCUUGAGAAACCCAAAUAUUCUUCUCAAACCAUUUUUGUAAAUGGGGAGCUACUAUAGACUGAGCAUGUCAUCUGAUGCUCUCAGCCUAUUAGCAGCUCUCCUGACCGAAUCUUUGUGAUUGAAGUCUCGGACAGAAGGAGAUGGCCAGACCUGGAUUCAACACUGUGGAGGUAAACCUUAAUUAAAAGAUUAACUACAGAUGGUAAGCCGGCGCGAGAGACCUUCUGGCACCAUAACAACGUCAUUCCAGUUAAGUUGUUAUAGUGGCAGGCGUGUUCCUUUAAGGCCAACUGGAAACAUAACUCACAUGGAGAAUUUUUCCAUUUAGGCUAUUUGUGCCUUAAAUUUAACAUUCACUUUGAAUUCUUGACAUAUCUCAUUUUAGUGAAUAAACAAAAUUUGGCAUUGUCAGGAAUUGACCAGUGAAUUUGAAAUUGAACGUCAUAUGAGCAGAGUUGGAAACAUAACUGAGUUGGAGAACUUUUUCCAAUACUACUCUGGCCUAAUGUACAUGCAGAUGGCUGGUGAAUUCCAGACAGUUCACAGCUUAGUGAAUAACCCUUUCAGUCUUAUUUACUAAGAUAAGAAUGGCAGAUUAUAGGCCAAAAUAUCUCUGAUGAGAAAAUAGCUGAGAUGGAAAUGUUUUCUAAAUUGGCUUAAAAUGAGCACAUUUGGCUAAAUACGUUAUAUCAAGGUUAUUAGAAACUGAUUUGAUUUUAAUAUGAAUGAGUUUAUUAACUGAAUACAAAAUUGUUGUAAAGUGAAACCCAAAUUGAAAUUAUCAGGAUAAAAUAGCUAAGCUGUGGUUGAGUUUGCUAAAUUUUCCAAUCAGUUGUUUUAGCUUGGAUUUUGCAAUUCACUUUACAAUUUGAUGUUUAGUGCAUAAAUCCAAAAGCAUUAAAGCAGCGUUCACACAUAGCAACACAUGUGUAUGUCAGUCGAAGAGAUGGAAGAUUAUUUGGGGUGGAAAGUGUUUAACCAUUAGAUGGUGACCUUUUAGCGUGAUGAGACAUAAACUGGUAUUGGUGAUUUUGUUUUUUAUUUACAAAGCACCAAUACCUUCCACAGAUUUGUACACUGUACAUUAGAUCGAACACUGCACAAAAUGGGGGCUAUAAGGCUGGCUGACCUUUAUAAUUUGCAUAGCCCCCUAAUCCUGGAUGAUUUUUACUCUACAUAUUAUUUUAGUAAAUCUCUUAUAUUAAUGUCUCUUCCUGCUCUUUGCAACCGCUCCCUGUAACGUCUUCUAUUGCUUCAUAUAACCUUCAGUAUAAUAUGUUGAAAUAUAUAUUAUUUAUUUAUUAAUUUAUAAAAUAUUUUACCACGAAGGAUACAUUGAGAUUUCUCUUGGCUUCAAGUAUGUCUACUGCAUGUUAUUCCAACAUUUAUCUACUCCAUAUGACCACUUUCAAUAUUGUCUUAACUUUCUACAGAGUUUUUAACUAAACACCAGAUUUUACUAAAGUAAAUCUGAAUGACAAACUUCAAACAAGCAAAAUUCUCCAACUCAGCUCUGGUCAUAGCUUGACUUGAAUUUUGUCUACAUUGGAUUUAAUUCACUAAAAUUUAGUGUUCCGUGAAUAUCCUGCUAGAAUACAUCUUCCAUUAGUUUCCACAGACCUUGCAGUGUUUUUUUUUUUUUUUUCACAGUUUGGGUAGUUAGGCCCACAAUUUUAAAUAUUCCUGUCAAGAGUAUUCGGUAAAAGUGUGAAUUUUUGGAAAUACGAAGGGAAUUUAACAUUUUAAGCAAAAACUAAAAUAUAUAUACUAUGGCCUAAAAAUUGUAACUUAAUUUUGAAUCUACAACAUUCAUCUUUAUUGAGUUAUUUCCGUAUAAGUUUUGAGUAUAUAAAUAAGUCAACAUGUUUACCAUCCUACUUACGGAGGUAUUCAAGUAAGGACACACAGUCAGGAUGCUGCAAUACUGGUCUGUACAAGGAGGGCAUGUGAGUACAUGCAAUGGGGAUAUGUGUGGAGGGGGGGAUGUUGGCCUCAGAAGAUUUCAAAUACAGUGCUGAAAAUAACUCAGUAUGUCUUAGAUGUAAUGCUGGAAUGUAAUGAUUCUUUAAGGUAAGACUAUUCCACUUGUAAAACUAUAAAUCCACACGUCACGAAACACUCUAUACCACCAAAAAAAAAAAAAUCACUUAAAUAUUUUCACCAAAUACAGCGAAGCUCAUUUGGUUUUGUUAACCAGUUGUUAUAAAAGGAUGUGUGCAGUGCUAAAUAUUUGUUCUCUUCUAUCUUUGUUUUGCAAUGUUUCUACACUACUUACCAAAAGUAUCAUCUUAUUUUGUGGCCAAGUAUCCCAUUAGCAUCUUUUAUUUAGUAUACAUCUAAUAACGGUUUCCUUUGAAAUAUUGUAUGCAAUGAACAAUAAAUAGAUUCUAAUAUACCACAGGUUGACAAAUCUGCCACAAAUGCUUUAUGUAAAUCUAUAGUAAAAAAAAUGAGGAUUGGGGGCACACCCAGAACAUGCAUUUCCAAGCAAUGGUGCUGCCGUAAAGACCAAAAAACUGUAUUUUGGAAAUGUAUAAUAAAGCCUAUAUUUACUUUCUGGGAUCUAUAGACCUAUCUCACACUGCUGGUCUUGGAGGCUCACAAUGUUGUAAAGAGUUACACAGACCACUUACUGGCUUACUGGUUAAAGGACCACUAUAGUGCCAGGAAAACACUAGUUUUCCUGGCACUAUAGUGCCCUGAGGGUGCCCCCACCCUCAGGGUCCCCCUCCCGCCCGGCUCUGGAAGGGGGAAAGGGGUUAAAACUUACCUUUUUCCAGCGCUGGGCGGAGAGCUCUUCUCCUCCCCGUCGGCUGAAUGCGCACGCGCGGCAAGAGCUGCGCGCGCAUUCAGCCGGUCACAUAGGAAAGCAUUAUCAAUGCUUUCCUAUGGACGCUUGCGUGCUCUCACUGUGAUUUUCACAGUGAGAAUCACGCAAGCGCCUCUAGCGGCUGUCAAUGAGACAGCCGCUAGAGAAAAUAGGGGAAGGCUUAACCCAUUCUUUUAAAAAAUGGGUUAACCCUAGCUGGACCUGGCACCCAGACCACCUCAUUAAGCUGAAGUGGUCUGGGUGCCUAGAGUGGUCCUUUAAUGUUUUUGCAAAUUGACAACAGGCAGAUUGACAUAUGUGAUACAUUAAUAAGUCUGGGCCUGUUUGUUUAUUGUUACAUAUGAGUUUUUCAUAAAUAUAGAAUAUUUAAGAAAAGCUCAAAGACUGCAUUGGAAUUUUAUUUUAGCAAUCUAAAGGUAUCUUAAGAUAAAGUAGUGACUAUCUCACAGACAAAACAAUUUUUGGCAUAGUGUGUCAGUGGGCAAAUCUAUGCACGAUAUAGUCUAUAAAAGGCCCUGCAGGCCUACAGGAUUUGAUAUAGAUCCCCAUUUGUUAUCCCGCUAUGUGCCAGAGCACAGUUUUGGCAUAGCUCCUGGUGCCAUGCCACAUUUCUAGCUGGUGCAACUGUGUCCUACAAGUGGCAUGAAGCCACUUACUAGGAAUUAUGUGAUGCAAGAUCCGUUAUAAGAGCUGGCCAGUAAUAUGUGCACUCCAGGGUACUAAGCAGAAAAUCUUUUUGUUUAUCUACACUAGAUGCCUAUGAAUAAAUGCCUCACUGCACAAAAUGUGUAUGCCAUUUUAUCCUUUUUCUGUGCUUCCUCUAUUUGUCUGCAGUUUUAUGAUAUAAUACAAAUGUGAUACCUUUUUUGAUAAUUUUACUCAUUUUAAGCUGAGAGGCAUCUGGCUUUAAUUGUUAAAUUUUUCUGGAUGUGCACAGGUGACAGAUUCAUUCAGACUUUUUCUUCUGACUUGAGCAUUAAUGGAAUUUUGCCCAUGUGUUAAUAAAAAGCAGAGUUAUUUUACAGAUGUAUGAGGUCAGGUUUAGAUUUGCGAUGAGAAGAAAUACAUGCAGGGUUAUUCAUGAAAAUAGGAAUUCAAAUUUAAAGGUAACCUGUCUGGCCCGGAACUACUUUUACUCCGUGUAAAGGGACACUCCAGACCUAGUGAUGUCCCGAACUGUUUGCCGAACGGUUCACGAAGGAGGUGGGAGGGUCUGGGAGGGAGGGUCUUCUGCUGAUUGUCUGGAUUGUGUCUGCUGACUGUGAGGUACAGGGUCAAAGUUUACGCAAUGAUGAGUCCGUGGCGAACUGUUUGGCGAACAGUUCGGGACAUCACUAUCCAGACCCCUAAGGCACUUUAUCUCGUAGAAAAGCUUCAUGUCUGAAGGGUUUGACCACUUUUUUUGCAUUUUGCAACUAGAGAUUUCAAUAGAAAUUGGCAUUUUUAUAGAAAUUGUCAAAUUUGUCAAGCAGACAUGUAAUGUUACUUCCCUGUUGUUUAGCUCAGUGGAGAUAAACUCCAAAGGCAACAAUUGCUCAGAGCACCUGCCUUGCAAAUACUUCUCAUUGAGCUGCAUUGAAAAAUCUGUGGUUGGACAGUCACAGAAAGUGUGGGCGGGGUUGGAAGGGGAGGGGGUGGGGGAUCAGACAAGAGAAAGGUUUUCCAGGCUGUUUUUAGAUAUAGCACCAAUGGAAAAAAUCCUAAUUAAAUACAUGCAACUUUUCAUUUGGGUAUAUCUACUAAACAGCAAUUCGAGUGGAGUGUCUCUUUAAAAAGCAUCAACAUUUUAUCUGUACGUUGUGCUAGCAGUUUUGUUAGUGAGUGUAUGAAGUGGGAGCAUUCGCUAAGCCGCCAAUCAAAUGUUCUGCAUAGAACAAGAUAGAUAAAUAUGAAAUUUAGGUUGAACUCACUUUGACUUCUUACUUUAUUGAAUAACCUUGACACUGUCACACUAUGAUGUUUUUAUAGGGACACUCCAACCGCCAUACCACAGCUUAUUGUAGUAGUGAUUAAUUUUUCUCCAGGUUUACUGCAUCUUACAAACACAUGGAUGGAUUGUGGAAUGUGAAACUUCAUUAUUGUGAUUUUAUAAGCUGAGGGUCCAGGCUUUGGCUGCUGGGGAUCCCUCUAUUUCCUUUUCAAACUGAUGGAAAACAGUUUGAGAAACACUGUAGGGACUGCACUCAGACUGUCCAAUAAGCUGUAGAGGGUUUUGCAUUUGGCAAGUCCCUUUUUAAAGGGAACAUAUAGCCCUGGGGAAAAAAAAACGUUUAUUUUUUUACGCUCCAGCUUCCCCUCUAGUGAAGUGAUCACUGUCCCACCCCCCUUUGCUCUGUAAAAGUGAAGUUUAAUAAAUUUUACUCAUCUCCUUUUCAGCGCUGAGACUGCUCUGCUGUCACCUGCUAUCUUGUCCAAUCCAUUGUUUCUCAUAGAAAAACAUUGCGAGAACGCAUACGUGGCAAAACGCUGAACUCCUCCAAUCGUAUGCUGCUAUCGGCAGCAUUUUAUUGAGGAACCAAUUUUUACAUGGUUAUGGAGGUGGAAGUGCCUCUAGUGGCUGUCAGGAAAGCAGCCACUGGAGGUGAGCUUAAUUUGUAAUCCUUUAAUGUAGACAUUGUUGUUUUUGCAAAACCGCAACGUUUUACAUUAAGGGGUUAAACCUAUAGGACCACUGCACCAAAACCACUUAAUUCACUUAAAGUGGUCUGAGUUACUUUAGUGGUCCUUUAAUGUAGUGCUAGUGUACUGCAAUGAAUGGUUUGCUUGUCUUAAAACGUUAUAGUAUUGUCACAAAUCUUUAAUUAGGGCCGUUUUUGUGUGUGAUAGAUGUUAUUUGCGUAUCAUAUUACGUUUGUGAUAGAUAUGUAUUGUAUGAUGCCUAUUGCUGGAUACUACUAGAAAACAGUAGUGAGUGAUGAAAUCAUCAACCUUUACAUAUGACCUAUGCUGGGUUUUGGUGGAGCACUUUAAUUUCAUCAUAAUAUUUCUGAGUUUGUAGUUCAUUAAACUCAACCAUAAAAUGGUUGCAACAAUUGCAACUGUGCAGUUACUUCAUAAAUAUCCUUCAGCAUAGGAAACAGACAAAAUAUACCACAUAAAUAUUUUGGGUGUUUAUAGUGAACCUGUUAUGAAUAACUUAACUUAAUAUAAUUAAUAACUUGAUAACUUAAAUAUAAAGAUUUACUAACUUUUCCUCUGUUCCAGUGUCAGUACGUUGAUUUGUGUAACACCCACCUCCUGGCCGUCAUCCACUCCAGCUGCGCUCCACUUCUGUUCUUCUUUGAUUUGCCCUGCUUGGGACAAAUCCCCAAACAGUGCAAAUCUUGUUGAGCCAUCAACACACUGGGCUCAUUGCUGGUGUCGGAACAGAGAGAUGUCAUAGCACUUCGUUCCUAUGCUCCUUAGUUUCCAUAGCAGCCGCUGUGCAUGUGCUGUGGUUGCUAUGGCUGGAGAGCAGAGGGCUAUUUUUUUAUGUUCUCCAUUGUCAGUCAGUGCCUCAGCACGCAAAGAGAAAAAAAAUAAAUAAAUAGGUUUUUCUCCUAAUCUAUACAUAUGCUAGCAAAACUAGCAUAGGUUAUUUGAGCAUGACAGGUGCCCUUUAAGUCUGUAAGAAAAAGACAGCAUAAAUAUAGCAUUACUAUGUGGUGUUUCAAUGGCAAAAAUCCAUACAAAUAUUCUGAUCUAUGGUGUCAGCCUUUGAAGACUUAUGACACAUUUAAUAAUUAUGUGGUCUAUUCACUAAACGGUUAGCUGAACUGUUGGUGAAUUAACCACCAGCUUGCAAAAUUUCUGAAUGGAAAUAAUGGAAAAUGACUAUGUUGGUGGAAAACAAAUCUCAACAGCUGAGCUAGAUUCUUUUAUUCCAAAUGAAAGUAGUCUGGGAACCAUGUUCACUACAUGCCUCUCUAGUAGUUAUAGUGCUAGUAGAACCAGGUGACGUGAUCUAGCUUUUAGUCAAACUAUUUGUGAGUGGUUUGACCACAACCAGGAUGUCCCUGAAACGCACACAGUGUGGCUCCCGCUCAAUUGCUAAUGCAGAUGUUACACAUUCCUAUUAGCUUGAAGGGAUAUGAAUGUAUCCAUAUUUUAAAAGAACAUUUUAAACACCAUAACUACUACAGCCCACUGUAGUGAUUCUGGUGUCAGGAGUGCCCCGGGUCUCUCUCUCAGAAUAAGUAGUCAUACUAUUUAUGUGUGGUGUGACAAUUUACCCACUGGGUUCCUGUUGAUGCCUCCCAUGGUCCUGCAAGCUUCUACAAUCAACUUCUUUAGCUCUACUGAAAUAAACAGUUGCGUGCCGGGUAGCUCAAUAGCUGAAUGCUCUUGGUCAAUAAGUGCAGCUCUGCACAACCAGGCUUAGCUCAGUGGAAGAGCUUCUGGUAGCUGUGGAGGUAGCAGUUCACCUGGCAAGACCCAGGUAAACUGUCAGUAGGAUUUUAAAUGGCUUGACUAUUUUACUCUGGUUGGGCUGUAGUUGUUAUGGUGCUUGGAUGGAAGAGGUAUUGCACUCAGUCUUCCACUGAUUAAACUUGCCAUGGUACAAAAACUCCAGCCAAACAAUAUAAAUAUAAAUAUAUUUAUUUUUCACAAGAAUGUUUGUUUUGAAAAGUCACACAUGUGUAACAUAUUUGAACACACAUUCAUAUAUUUCCAAAAUAAACAUGUACAUCCUGUUGAAAUUUAACAUUGAAAGUUCAGUUUAAAAUUAACCGGUCUAUCAGUUACACUCCUCCCUAUUGCUGUUGAUGAAUCCAAAGAAAGUAAAACAAAUUCACAAUUUUAACUGCAAAAGGUAGAAAACAAUCCCUUUAUUGAAGCAACCAUGACAAUCUUAUUUGGCCGUUGGAUCAAUAAUGCUGUUAAAUAGCUUUGGGGCUAAUGUAGCUACUCUAGAAAUCUUUGUGUGACCUCAAGGUCAAUAUAUAAUUCCCUGAAGGAAUCCUUCAUCUUUCUGGGAUCGAUAAAAUGAGUGCUAUGUCUGUGGGGUAAUGAUAAUAUUAUGUUACUGUGAAGUGCUUUUGUGCUCAGUACAAUUAGAGAAACUCUGAAAAUACUCAUACAAUCAAGCUAUUUAAUGUAAUUAUUGCAUUCCUUACUAUUAACUCUGUAUAUUCUGCUUUCCUACACUUGUAUCUAACCUUUUUAAUGGCAUUGUGUCAACGAUUUAAGCUCAUAGCUUCCAUUCAGUCUAGAAACAUAUUUGAUCUGGCGUGAGUGAGCAUAUUGAGAGUAGUUUUUCAUAGAGGUGAAUGGCCUGAAUGCAUCUGUAUAUAUGUAUGUAUUUAUUUAUUGCAAAUUUGUUUUCGUAAGAGGUAGAAACAAGCCUUGUUAUAAAUAUUGUUUGUUUUUUUUUUGUUUUUUAAAGCAGGUUAACAUUUUAUGAAAGUCCAUCCUAAUACAUGCUUUUCGGUGGUGGUAAUGUAAAAGUACGUUAUAAACUACACUGUUGUAAACUGGCUGUUGUGUGUUGUGUAUGUAAGUACUGUCGCUGUGUCAUGGAGUGCAUUCUUAUUUUUGUUAAUAUACGAUUACAAACCACACAUAGAACUGUGAUACUGGCACAGGUGGAAGACAGAUAGAAAUAAGAUCAUAAUUAUGCUACUAGCCAAAUUUCCAGGGACUACCAAUUGUCCUGGCUCACUGUCCCAUUCUUUCCUGUCCUGGUGUUUCAGCAAAUUUUAAAUUGUAAUUUUAAACCUCUGUCUGGACACACUGCAUAUGUUAAUAAUUAAAGGGUUAAUUUACUAUGCUUAUUCUAAAAUAAGAGAGCCUGUUUCUCCCCAUGUUUUGAAGUCUUUCAGUGUAGCAUUUUUUGAGUAAUAUUAUUGGUCCAACUACAGCAGUUCAGUGCUGCAUCUGAUCCUGCGAUACUUACUGUUGAUGAUGUGCAUGUAUUGUGGUUAGUAAGUGGUGACAGUUGUGAGUUACUUUUGAAUGUAACUUCCAAACAGAAAUAACAUUUUAAAGAGUCUUUCUACUAUUAAAACUACUGGGGAGGGGAUAACUUUUUUUUUUUUAUAGUGGUCUUCAAUGCUGUGUAGUGAUCAGUCACUAGGGAUAAGCUACAGUGUAAAUGGUUGAAGCAAUUAUAUGUUUGGGCUUGAGUCGUGCUCUAAAGAGGUUGACUGUUGAUAUGAAUCAAUGGGUAAGGAUAUCUGUAUUUAUAGCACAGUGCCUUUCAAUUAAUUAGGUUUUAAUAAAAUGAAAUAUACAGUAUAGGAUUGAAUGAAGUUGGCUCAAGUAAAAAUAUACAUAAAUACAUUAACAAAUGUGAUUUAUUUUUUAUUUAUUUUUUUCCAGCACUUUUUAGUCAUGGGUAAUGUGUGUGUAUAUGGUACAUCAUCACUACACCAAAAGAUGAAUAAACACUUUUCCUAUGCCCCUCACGUUAGUAACAUUUCUAAGUCUGCUCUUCUGGUGUAGACCGCUUUUGUUUUUCAUAAAUAUCCUGUUUAGGGAUGCACCAAAAUUUUUGGCCGAAAAUGGGCCUAUCCCGUUUCGGACGAAAACGGGUCAAAUCUGCCGAAAUAAAAAAAGAAAAAAUUAUUAUAACUUUUUUUUUUUUAAUGCAUAGUUUAACAGACGUGUGCAUUAACAAUUCAGAUGAAUAUAUAUCACAAUGAAAGAUUGUAAUGAUAACAUGAAGAGUCAAGAAUACUGCACUUGGGACGGGGGCGGGGGGGAGGAGGAGAACACUGUAGCGGAGUAGUAGGUUAAUCCACGGUAUCGCAGGAUUCAGCAUAUAAAACACAGGUAGCAUAGUAAUAAUCCCUCUUUCCCAAGAACUAGACGACACAUAGUUUGAGAGUCGUCUGAGCUUUUAUUCCAAAUUCACUGUAUUUAUACAAGUCCCCAUGCAACGCGUUUCCAAACUGACAUUGCAGGGGUUUUCCUCUGGUGGACUCUGUGGAAAACUUAACCUAUAAUGCUAUUUCCCAUCAUGCAUUGCUGUACUGGAGAGAUAAUUGUGCAAGAGCAUACGGUUAAUUACAUUAUCUCUCCGUACAGCAAAAUAUACCAUUUAACAUUAAAUUCCAUAACUUGUACAAUAUUGUUGUGAAUUGUCCGAAUGACCCCUCACUGAAUAGCUAGGAUCUGAGCGCACCAUCUGGUGAAAUACCGCUCAGCUCCAUUCACUAAAAUAGCAAAGCCAUUCAAAUGAAGGGUUUGUGCGAACGCCAUUGAUUUUUCUACAAUUUCACUUAGACUGUUGUAACAUGCGAGUUCGUGCCGUUUCCAUCUGCCGAACUCUGCUCCAAGUAUAUGAAUGAGGAAACAUGCGAAUGAUAUGGAAGUUCAGCGGUGUUUGUGUGGUCAAGUAGCCGAUUUUAGUUCCAGGCACUCAACGACCAAACACUGCUGAACCCUCGUGCGCAAAGAUGGCCGCUGCCACGUGUUCGGUUAUACGAACGGCGGCCACCCACAAAACCAUUAAUAGUUUGCGGUUAGAAUGUAGCUAUUUCGUUAAUAGGAGACACACGACCCCCUUUGUGUGGUCUCCUGUUCGGCAGUACGUUUGUUUCACGAACAGAAUACUCCAAUACUGUUCGUGAAACUAGCGUACGAAUGCCAUAGUCUUUUCACACUAAAUUAACACGCGAAUAUAGUCUUUGGACAUACUGAAGUGGCUAGGUUUGCCACAAAGACUAUGGGACAGGGCAGGGGGGAAAGAAUACUAUUGGACAGGGGAGCGGGGGGAAAGAACACUAUGGGACAGGGGAGCCGGGGAAAGAACACUAUGGGACAGGGAGGGGAAAGAACAUUAUGGGACAGGGGAGCGGGGAAAGAACACUAUGGGACAGGGAGCGGGGAAAGAACAUUAUGGGACAGGGGGGGAAGGACGACAGGAGCAGGGGGGAAAGAACAUUAUGGACAGGGAGCAGGGGGAAAGAACAUUAUGGGACAGGGGAGCAGGGGGGAAAGAACAUUAUGGGACAGGGAGCAGGGGAAAGAAACAUUAUGGGACAGGAGGGGAAAGAACAAUGGGAAAGAACACUAUGGGACAGGGGAGCGGGGGGAAAAGAACACUAUGGGACAGGGGAGCGGGGGAAAAGACACUAUGGCACAGGGGAGCGGGGGGAAAGAACACUAUGGGACUGGGGAGGAACAUUAAGGGGGGAGCACUAAAAUAGAAGGGAAAAGGAAGUCUAAUAUUAAUAAAAUUAUAGGAAUUUUGUUUUUUUAAAUCAUUUGGGGGGAAAAGUCCUUUUCGAUUUCGGUUUUCAGCCAAGGGCAUCCAGAAUUUUCAGUUUCGGACCAGAAUUUUCAUUUCGGUGCAUCCCUAAUCCUGUUCCAAGCUUUCUUUUUUUAUCAAGUUUUUGAAAAAUGUUUAUUUUUUAUUUGUUUGGCUUCAGUUCCACAUAUUGACAAUUGACCUAGUGACUUAGGUAGUCUGUCUAUUGGUAGAUGAGAUUUUCUUUUUUUGAUCCAAAAGUAUUAUGGCUUUACCUGUCUGUGGCAAACCUAGCCACUUAAGACUAUUGCAUGUGUGGAUAUUAUAAGGUUUGCUGGCUGUGAGAACCAAGUGUAAUGUAGUAUGGGGCUUUCAUGCGAACAAGAGCGUUUGUAUGCUUGUAAUACGUGAAACCCAGCAUUGCCUAUGCAGUUUCCCGAACAGUGAGUUUAAACACUGUUCGUGAAACAAAUAACCUACCGAACGGUCGACCACACACAGGAGGUCGUGUGGCGCUCAUUAACCGAUUAAUUGGUAGUUAAAGACUUCCCUAGGUGGCCGUCGUUCGGCUACUGACCACGCGGCGGUCAGCCAUCUUGAUUCCUUUGUUAGCCCAGCGGGGUUUUGCCGUCGAGCACCUGGAUCUAAAAACGGCUACUCAACGGCGCAAACCCCGCUGGACUUACAGGCUGUUCGGGAGCCCCGGCCGUUCGGUAGUUUGUUCCCAUAAUAUCAAUCGCUAUUUUAACCUUAUGUUGGAAAUAAUGUGUAUUUCGUACGGCGUUCGGUUAGUUAGACUGGGAGCUGAGCGGUAUUUCCACAAACUAUGCGCUCAGCCUCCAGCUAUCUACCGAACGUCCAUUCGUGUAAAACAAGUGAAUAUUAUUGAAGUUAUGGAUUUUAAUGUAAAAUGUAAAUUCUGCUGCACGGAGGGAUAAUCCCAUUAACUGUAUAUUCCAGUGGGAGUAUCCCUCUCGUCCAGCAGUGCAUGAUGGGAGAAAUGUAUGUGUUGGGCAGUUCCCCAUGUAGUCCCCUACUGUACAACCCCUGUAAUGUCAGUAGGGAAACCCCUUGCAUGGGGAAUCCCAUAAAUACAGUGUCCUGUGAAUAAAACCUCAGUUGACUCCCAGCCUAUGUGUCGUCUAGUUCUUGGGAAGGAAGGAUUACUACAACGCUACCGGGAUUAUUGUAUGCUGUGCUUAUUCCCCUGGAUUAUCCUAUGUUAUUCCUGUUACCCAGCGGAGAUAUUGUGGAUUAUACUGCCUCUCCGCUACACUAUCUAUUAUAAUUAUUUCAAAAGCAUCACUUGGGGGAACCUCAGCAAUUCUACAUACACUUUCAUUCCAUGUAGUCUGUUAAAGAAACACUCCAAGCAGCAGCAUCCCUACAGUGCACUUUAUGUAAUUGAAGUGGUUAUAGUGUCUGGAGUCCCCUGGUGCUGUCCUCCAUUCUGCAUUAAAUCUUUUUAUUUUUUUUUAUUUAUUUUUUUAUUUAAAGUUGAAUUGCAAAAGAAGAGUCCCCAGUACCAUAUCCCCUCUGUGCUGCAUGGGAAAGCAAUAGCUUCAACAACAAUGGGCUGCUGCGAUUGGCUGAGAGGGUCAGCUAAUCGUAUUCAGCCUAUCACAGUGCUUAUUGCAGGUAUGAAUCAGUAAUGCUACAAGGGAGUGUAUAAUCUCUGCCUUAGCCAUACCUUCAGUGGGACAGGGCCAUCUUGUGAAGCAUGAAUUCUUAACAAUUUUUGUUGCAUUAAAGGAAUCCUAUAGUGCCAGGAAAACAAACCCGUUUUUCCUGGCACUAUAGGCUCCCUUGUGCCCCCUCCCGCAGGGCUGAAGGGGUUAAAACCCCUUCAGCCACUUACCUGAAUCCAGCACCUAUGUCCCUCAGCGCUGGGUCAGGCUCCUUCCCCGCCAAUGUCAGCUGGCGGAGGACACGUAAUGCGCAUGCCACGUCUUCGACCUCCUUGAAUAAUGCUUUCCUAUGGGGAAAAUUUGACGCUGGAGGUCCGUGAGGAUGUCCAGCGUCAGAUAACUGAUCAAAAGUCUGUUUGGUUUCCGGAAGCCCUCUAGUAGACAGCCACAGAGGGCAGACUUAGAGCUGCAAUGUAAACAUUGCAGUUUUCUGUGACUGCAAUGUUUUAAAUUGCAGCACUAAGUGCCAAAGGGUCAUGGCACCCAGACAACUUCAAUUAGCUGAAGUGGUCUGUGUGCCUACAGUGUCCCUGUAAUAUUAUUUUGUAUUUCUUGUAAUAUGUUUUUGCAGACAGUUUACAAUUUAAAGCAGAUAAUGUACUGUUUUGUGUAACAACUAUAGUAAGUGUUAAAACUGGGGAUGGGGCAUGGAUGAUUUCAGAGGUUAAAGAAUUCUGUUGCAUAUUAUGUCAAACGAUAACUAUUAUGUUAACAUUCAUGAUUGACAACUGAUGUCUGUUAAUAGGUCUUACUGAAGAUUUUUUAUUCUCUUUACAGACCGACAUAUUUGUACCUUCUAAUGCAGAAUUUAAACUUCCAUGCUCAUGAUGGAAGCUUAGGGGUUAUUUAAGGUGCUAGAUUGCUCAGGUGGUGAAGCAAUUUAUUUAUUUUAUUUUUUUUACAUUUAUUUUGUUAUUGCUUCACCCAAGAAGCCAAUAAAGUAGAUUAAAAGAACAGUCUAGUUCCAUAAAGCUGUCCCUAUUGUCUUUUUUUUUUAUAAAAGUGCCACAUUCAAGAGAAAUCUGAACUUCUAUAAACAUUUUUAGUUGCACCCUCCUGGCUGUCAAUUUCUCAAGUGUUCAAAGUUUAAUUGAAAUGUUCUCAUUGAGAAACAUGCUAAUGGAAGAGCACACAUUUACCACACUAAUUUGACAAAAGUGGUACUUAUAAUUUUGGUAACAAGACCACGAGACAUGGAAACUAUCAACAGCUAAAUGUAUCUGUUCCCAAUUGAAUACUUUUGAUAUUUUCACAAUUGUGAAAUCUAUCAUAAGAAUCCUACAUCGAAUUAAACGUUUGUAAACAAAUUAAACACCCUUAAUUCACUUGUUUCCAUGUUUUAUUUGCAAACAAUGCACAGAUUUAGUGUUUACUUGUCUGUCUGGAAGAGUGCAAUCAGAGUACAAGUUCUACUUUUCUCAUUUAAAGAAGCAUUCCAAGGACUAAGUUUUAAAACGGUUUGACAACUUACCUAUGGUUUCCUAUGUGCCUGCCUCCACGUCCGUUAGAUCCAUUAGGCUAAGCCCUGGAGUGAUGUAAUGUUAGCCUUUAAGAGUGCUUCCUGAUGUGGCAGAUAUCCUAUGAGCACUAAUUUUUUAACACCCGUACCUAUUCUUUUUUCAGUGGUACCUAUUAAUUUUAUGCAAAUUAGUUGUGUACUUGUAUCUAUGAAUCUUGAGGAUAUAGCAUUAAGUGGGUUGUACUUUCUAAAGUUGUACUUCAGUAUAAUUUGUAGGCUUGUUAAAUCCUCUUCCCUCUUCAUCCUGCUGUAUUAAGUUGCAAUCUAAGCGCCCAAUUUCAAUUAAUGAUAACCAUCUGUACAUGUGGAUUCCUGUAUAUGCAGAUGUUUUUAUUACUAUGGAGCAAACACUGUGCAGAGAGGGUGUGGCGUACUGAUGUAUAUUUGGCCUCUGUUUUAAUAUCUUUAACAUCUAAUAGCAUUCUGAAGCAGAAUGAAGAAACUUGAUUGUAGAAUGAAAAGACUUCUAGAUUAUAAUAACUGACUGAUAGAUCACAGAGAUGGCCAAUACUCCAACAAUUAUUUACUAUUUUUUUCAUUUGGCUAGCUGAGCACCUUGCCAAAGUAGUCCACAACAACCUGGCGUCCCAGAUGUUUGACAUGACUGGAUUAUUCAUAUUCUGCUAACCUCUGUUUCUGCCUAAAUUUAACGUCAGCCGAACAGACUAAAGUAAAUUUUUUAUGUGCACAUGAGUUUUGAGGGAAAAAAACAAACUGAUGACCUUCCUCUAUGAGUGGGUUAAUAUACAUUCUGCCUGCUAUUAAACUGCAGCGCUAAAGAGACUUUGACUUGGUUUGUAUGCUAUCCCUGUAUUCUCCUGACCUGACCAGACCUCACAUUUGGGAGACAGGUUAAGGGAAACCAUAAUAUAGCGCUGUACAGAUUGCUAGCAUAGUAGCAAUUAAGUCAAUAAAACAACGUAAGGCUAAUUCGCCCCUGAGUGGUCCCCUUAAAUUCAGUCAUCUUACAGUAAGAUGUCUUAACAGCUGUACCUGAAUGAUCAGUGCUGAACAGGUUUGUGGUGGAUUUUGUAUUUCCCUAACAGAAGACUGUUUCCAUUGCUUAGGCAAUAAAUAGUUUUCCUCUUUAACCACAAACCAUGUGACUUUGGAAUCUGUGCACAGGGAGUGGUGCAUACACAGCCACUUUUGUGUAUACGGAGCCUGUUCCUCUCCCAGCUAAAAACUUAAUGUAGACUGUCUGAAAAGUAGAACAUAAAUUCACAGCCACCCAAGUCCAAAGGAUCUGAGGUGCUGGAAUAGAAGAAGAAUUUUAUUCCAUUUGCCUGUUACAAGUCAACCUUUCAUUUCUGGGUCUGGUUUUGCCCACAAAUAUUUUUGGACACAUAGGAAAUGGGUAUGUUUGCAAUUUUCCUUUCUAAAUAAUUGAAUAAUCAUUAAGACAUAGCCAUAAACUCCAAGGGGAAAACAGAACUUGCAUCAUGGAAAUCGAUGCAAAUAGCAAAAAAAAAAAAAAAUAUUUAGAAGAAAUGGAUCCCUGUGGAUGUGUGAUUUUAAAUGUUAUGUUAAAAGGACACUAUCGUCACCAAAACAACUUUAGCUUGAAGGAACACUAUAGGGUCAGCAGCACAAACUUGUAUUCCUGACCCUCUAGAGCUAAACAAACUAUUUAGCCCCCCUGGAUCCUCCUUGUCCUCCUGUAGGAAAGAAUUGGAUUGGCUGAGAUCGUCAAUUUUGAUGAUCCUAGCCAAGAAUGCUGUCUGGGAGGAGGGGUCUAACACUGCCCUGGCCAGUCAGCAUCUCCUCAUAGAUGAGUUCAGCGUCUCCAUGCAUAGCGUGAAGACGCUGAAUGUCAGUGCUGCACACUGACCCAAGAAGUACCUCCAGUGGCCGUCUGAGGUGUGGAAAGGCAGUGUUUAUAUGAAAAAGCCUGCAGAAACUUAAUAUACUCACCAGAACAACUACAAUAAGCUGUAAUUGAUCUGGUCUCUAUAGUGUCCCUUUAAUGAAGCAGUUUUUGUGUAUAGAUUAUGCCUCUGAAGUUUCACUACUUAAUUCACUGCAAUUUACAGGUUAAAUCACUUUUGUUUCUGUUUGUGUAGCCCUAGCCACACCUCCCUUGGCUGGGGCUGACACAGCCUGCAUGAAAACAAAGCGGUUUCAUUUUUAAUCAGAUGUAACUUCAUUUACUGCCCUCUCCCUCCAUCCCCCCCAUCCCAUGUUGCUGAAGGGGUUCAGUGACCCCUUUAGGCUCCACCUUCAGGCUCCGCCCCCGCCGAAAUUAGCCGGCAGGGGAGACCUAAUGUGCAUGCACGGAAAUCCCUUAUGGGGAUUCCGGUGAUGCUGGAGGUCCUCAUGCAUAGCGUAAAGACGUCCAGCGUCAUUUAAAAUACUUUUUAUGUUCUAAGACAGCCACUAGAGGAGGAUUUAAUCCUGCAAGAUAAUUAUUGCAGUUUAUAAAAACUGCAAUAAUUACACUUGCAGGGUUAAGGGUGGUAGGUGUUGGCACCCAGACCACUCCAUUUUAUACAUCAAAUCUGCUUCAAUAAGCUAAAGUUGCUUUGUUGACUAUAGUAUCCCUUUAAAUCAACUGCAGAUAAUUUGCCCAAAGCUUCAAUGGCCAUUGAUCUAACAUAUAUAGACCACACCACUCAUUCAGACACAUACCAUAGAGAGGGACCUUACCAUUCUUCUUUAUUACAAGAGCUUGGUUAUGCCUACUGAGAACAGUUGGUUUAGAUGUCCUAUUGAUUUUGUUAGUUUUGGUGGAAAGGAAAACUUUUUUUUUUUUUUUUGACAAUCACCACUACUCCUGAUCAGUGGUGUAUUUAGGAUUUGUGCUGCCCUAGUCAGGAUGGUACCUCCCCCACCAAUUUAAAUUUUCCCCACCCCUUCCUGUAAAGGCCGUACUUUGACUGACAGAUGCUCACUCACUGACAGAUGCUCACUCACUGACAGAUGCUCACUCACUGACAGAUGCUCACUCACUGACAGACGCACACUCACUGACAGACGCACACUCUCAUAUACACUGACAAACAAUGACAUACACACACUAAUUGAUUUGACACACUGAUAGACAGACAUACACUUACUCGGACACACACUCUUACUGACAGGCGCACUCACUCACUGACAGGCGCGCGCACACACAUUCACUGGCCAACACACACUCACUUUCACUGACCAACACACACUCACUUUCACUGACCAACACACACUCACUUUCACUGACCAACACACACUCACUUUCACUGACCAACACACACACACACGCAUUUCCCCCACUCACUAUUAUUAAUAUAUAUUUUUUUAAAUUGAAAUCCACCCAGCCUCCCUACUUUUGGGAUAGCUGGGUGGAUUUCUCACCUGGGGUCCAGUGGGUCUGCUGGGCAGGGAGGUGGACAAAUGUGCGUGUAGGCAGGCUGGCGGGCGCUCUAGAUUUUCAGCGAGGGAGCACUUUCCCCUGAGCUCUCUGCUCCGCUUCCUCGCGCGCUGCAGAGUGAUGCUGGGAGCCGGAAUAUGACGUCAUAUUCCAGCUCCCGGCAUUACUGGGGGUCGCCCAGGAAACCAUUGCCCGCCUACCACAGGGGAGCCCAAAGGUGGCCAGCUGGCCACCUCUUGGGCUCCCAUAAAUCGAGGCAAACCAGGUAAUUGCCUGGGCAUUUGGAGACAGUGUUUUUUGCCACCCCCUGGAAAUUGCUGCCCAAGGCAAAUGCCUUGUUUGCCUCACGGCAAAUACGUCCCUGUUCCUGAUAUCACAACAUUAUAAAUAAGGUGCCAACUACUUGCUGACUUAGCACACUGAAAUGCAAAUACAUUUUGUCGUUAAGAUUGCCACCUUCUUGAAGGGGAUGAAUUCAUAGUCAACUGUAGCCCAGGUUUGCCCAACUGGUAUUUGCCCAUUUCCAUAUCGUGUGAGUGAACUAUGGUCCAUGAAAUAUUGAACAAGUGCCCAAAGUACCCUAUGAUUGUUAUAGGUCUGUAUUUAAAGGGGCACUGUGGACACCAUAAAAGCUUGCUAGCUUUUUAAUAUAUGUUUUUUGCAAGACCGCAAUCACGUUAAUGUCAUCCUUGACCUGUCUUUCUGUGCCUUGCAAUGCAUUACGGUUCCUAUGGAGUAAAAUAACAAGACGUCUUGCUGAAAAUGGAGAAGAUUACCCCAGCUGAAAUUCAGAAGUUACAGUGCAUCCAAAAUUGCUGUUCUAAUCAAGGAAUUCUAAAAAGUAUGCAUAUUUAGGGCUGGAAUACUAAUCAGUAAACUGCCGACAACAGUCUACAGUCUUUAUUUUAUCCUGAAGUGCAUACAUUUCAUGUGUCCCUGAUUGAAACAGUAAUGCGACCACCCUUAGUGGACCCCAAAUGCUUUCAGGUUUUUAGAAGUGGUGCGGUUUUGAGUACAGUCAGUGCAGGGGUAGUAGCUUCAGGCACUAAUGCAAUUAACCUCAAAAAGCUUGUUACUGUAAUAGGAGGGGGCUGCAGGUAUCACAUUCCUGCCAAGAGAGUUUUUUUUUCUGCCUCCAUUCACUGGUCGAUAUUAACCCUUCCAUUGACGAAGCAGGUAGUCACACUUUUCUUGCAAUGAAAAAGGUUACAUUGCAGAGCUUGCUUCCUUUUUAUCUGAUCCAUGACAGCUUCUGCUGGCAGGUCUCCAAGUCUAAUGUAAUGGAAUAUAGCAAUAGUAGACAUUUCUGUGGGUUGUGUUUGUUAUUCAAUUUGCCGGGAGAAACUCUUUUAAAAACGUAAUACAUUUUUUUUAUAUUGGUAUUGUAGGGAACAUUGUUGCUGCAUUGUUUUUUUUUGUUUGGUUUUUUUUGGUUUUUUUUUUUUUUUCUGUUAUUUGGAAAGCAAGUAACAAAUAUUUUGUAAAAAGAGAAAAGAUAAACUUGCAAGCAAUGUUGUUUUUUCUUUAUUGUAAGAAGUGAGUUUUAUGUAUCUUUGUAUCCAAUAUGUAUUUCAACAAAGUUAUGAUUUGUUAAUUUGCUUUGUGAGAUUAUUUGAAAGAUUCCUGUGAUGCAGCCUUCUCCGAUCAUGCUUCAACGGACGCAGGACUCAGUCUAACAUCCCCUAACAGUGCAUUAUCACUCUGACUGGCUCUUUCCUCUGCUGUAUCAAACUCCAUGCAGUGGAGCGAUCUAUUUUCCAUCCCUGGGACUGCUCUACUGGACCAGGGCAACUGCAACUUCUUUAGUAGGAUCAGUCAUUAAUAGCCUGGAAUUCUAAUGCAAAGCAUGAAGAUGCUGAAUGCAUUGCAGCACUGAACUACUAAGCACCUCUAGGGCCAUCUGAAAAGGCAGCGUUUACAUUAAAAAGCUUGCAGGGACAGACUAUAAACACCAGAACCACUACGUUAAGCUUUAGUGGUUCUGUUGACUAUAGUGCUUCUUUAAUGUAUUUCUGGCGUUUUAAUCCACAGCCUAUUUGGGCAAACUUUUGAUGCAAAUCACGUUUGAAAUAACCCCCAGAAGAACACUCACCAGAAACUGGUUUGUCACCAAUAUCAAAGUGUAAUGUUGAUUUGUCAAUUGGCUUUAAGUAACCAGGUUAUAUUGGGUUAACCUUUAUGUGAAGGUUCCAUUCAUCUUUCAGUAUACUUCAGACAUUUGCAUUGUUAAUUCCUGGUUCAUACAAUAUAUGCAUACAAACCCACCAUCCUUGUUCUCUAUACUUAGCUAGCAUAGAUAUGAAGAAUGACCGAUUUGUUUUAUAUUGUUGCAUUUUUAUGUAUACUCUAAAGUAUGGUACAUGUGGUGGCGGUUGCUGUAAAACUUUGUUGAUGUAUUGAUCUAGCAUGUGAAAGAGCUAUGUGUGCCAUCAUCAAAAAUGUAAGAGUCUUUGAAUGUAUUCUCUUCUUGUUCAAUAAUGUUGGCUCACCUUUAUCUUAAUGCAAUACUAAAGCCGUGUUUUAAAAGGCUGCACAACUACCUUGUGUACUUGUUCAAUUUGUCAAAGUCUGAGCCUAAUAUAAAAAAAUAAAUAAAAAAUAAAAUUAUAUAUAUAUAUAUAUAUAUAUAUAUAUAUAUAUAUAUAUAUAUAUAUAUAUAUAUAUAUAUAUAUAUAUAUAUAUAUAUAUAUAUAUAAAAAUUCAAUGUUUCUAUUUGUCCUCUUUAUUUCUUUUUUUUAAAUUGCUAACAAAUCAUCCGAAUAAUAGUACUUGGUUUCAUGUGCCAAAGAGUUUUAGACAAUAGUAUCUUGGGAGCCAGCAUUCACGCAGUACCCAAACAAAUCACAUAUAAAGCUAAAUAACUGUUUGUAGUGAAUGAUCAGGAUGUGUUCCACUCCAUAAAGCAGAAUUUAAAAUCCUGUACUUUUUAAAGACAUAAACAUACAAAAUAAAAAUGCAUGUACUGUACCCCCAAGCAGCCGUAGCAUUUUAGUCAGGUGAGGGAUGAGGAGAUUGAAAACCAGUGUGUGAUGUGGGUACAAAAUAUAAUUAUAAACUAGAUUAUAUGGAAUCUCCCUGUGUUAGCAUUAAAUGUGGUACUUUUUGAUUGUUAGUAAUUUAAGUCUGGGACAUUAUACAUAAUAACAGUGAUGACUAAUGUUUGUUUAAAAAAAAUUGAGAAAAGAAAUUAAGAAAUCCAUAACACGCGGGAUUGUCACAUCAGGGAUCCAAUUAAAAUUAUCAUUUAAAAAAAUAUAUUGUUUUUAUAAUGUAAACUUGUGGGUUAUAGGAGAAACAAAAUUAACAAGAUUUAAUGGACUGAACGACCAUUAAUUUUAAUUUAUUAAUUUAUUAGCAGCAGUUAUUUGUAUGUAACAGGAGUGGAAUGUUAUUAUUCUGCUUGAACUGCUCACUGAUAUAAGCAGCAUCAUGGAGUGCUUGAUUUAAAUUGAAAUCACAUUCUAUUCCCCUGCUUAUUUCUGAGCACAGAGUUGCAUUAAACACUCUGGACUGUUUUGUAAAUAUCUCUGUUAUGCGAAUGAGAGAUGUCGAUUAACCAUUUGCAUAUCAAAGCUGACAAAAAUUGACCUCCAGUCACUCUCAAAUGUGAUGAGGUGUUGCACAUUUACCUAUCCCUGUUUAGAAGAUGGUAACCUCUUCACUAGAUGUGGCUGCAGGUGAUGCUAAUUGUAACAGCCAGAAGGAUGCAGUUGUGUGAUGUCUGGAUGUUUGAUUCUCCAGGCAAAUACUCAGACAUUGGAAAGAGAAAGAGCUUUUGUACCAUUUGAAACGGAUUUCAUGGAUUGCACAUGCAGAAAUAUUUUUCUUGCAGCUGACAUUUAAAAUGACCCUUUUUACGCAUUUUUAGCAUCUGCCACCACAUGCUGAUAAUUAAAGAAUAUUUUUAAUUAUUAUUUAUUUUUAAUGAAUGAAAACAGAAGCUGUGGCUCCAGCCUAAGUGUUCUGCAUGCGGGUGCAAUAAUAAUGCAACUUUUUCUUUCAGAGAAGUCCUUCCCCUCCCGUCCCACAGUAUUGGCCUUGCUUGUGAACACUUGAAACCAGUUCCUCAAGCAGGGCACACAUCCAUCAUGCCUUCUAUGCCACAUAUGUGAGGUCAGGGACCAUAUCUUAUUUAAAGGCCCACUAAAGCCACCCAGUCCACUUUAUCUCAAAAAAGUGAUCUUGAUGCAAUGGUCCUGUAGUUUUAACAUUUUAAUGAACCGAUUGCCAUACAUUAAAGGGUUAAAGACUUCUUUAGUGGCUAUCUCUUUGACAGCUACUAGAGGUGCUUCCACUUCAACAACUGAGUAGAACUUGGUCACGUAACAUUCGACCUCCAUGAGAAUUCGAACGGCACUUUUAAGAGGAAUUCUCACUUUUUGUACAUUUAAAGUUUUAUAGUGUAUCUGUCCAUGUCCCUAUUUGGGUUUGUCAAAUAGCAGACAAAAGCAUGUGUAAGACUUAGACUGACCAAGGUAAUGUACGCUGUAGUUAUAAGGAAAGACUUAUAACUAAAUGAGGUAAUGUAUGUGGAUUUGCACUGCAAUUGUAAUUGUGCAAAUUGUCUCCUACAAUGAAAUGAUGCAUGAGUGCAUUGGCUAAAGUCACAACUUAUUAUAGUAGUUCUAGUGUAAGGAUAUUUGGGAUCAAGUGCUUUCUAAAACCAUUUUUGAUCAGUUUUACUUUUUCACUACAAAACUGUUGAAAUUUGGGCAGAAAUAACAUUGUAUAAGUGCUAGCAUUUGUGAAUUGCCUACCUAUUUAUCAAAUAUCGGACAAUCAGGGCUAUUCACUAAAGUGAGAAUUCAAAAUGAAUUUCAAAUUUAAGGCAAAAUAAGUCACAUUUAAUACUGGAUCUUCCACUCUGAAUUUACCACUGAGGAAGUCUGUAGCAUCAGAUGAAACGCGUAGGGUUGGGACUAUUGUAGGAGAUUAUCUCCAUUUUAUUUUAUUUGAUUUAUGUUUGUUUUAUUCAUUUGUAAUAAUUUUUUUAAUUAGACAGAUGUUUACUUUCAUUUUGAAAGUGCUGGCGGACUGACACCCAGUAUCCUGGUCAUCUGAGAUUCGAUAUGCCUGUAUAUCACUACAAUCUUGUAAGUGUUUUUUUUUUGCUGUGCAAGAAAAGAUACAGGUUAGCAUGCAAUGCCACACACGAGAGCAGGAAGGACAAGGUACAUGACAAAACAAUGUGAUGGCAUUUGACAAUUCUGCACAAUAUUAUGAUAUGGAAGAAUCAGGCCUUACAAAUGUGUCUAAAACUCUGAAUAUUUGCUGCCACUAAGAUACUCAAGACACGGAUGGAGCUUUCUGAACAGUAAAUGUUAUUAAACAUGCUAUGCAAACAGGAAUGCAGCAAGUAGAUUAGUGCACAUUUUAUAUUAUGUCAGACGAAGCCUCCAUGUCUUAACUGUGUAUUAGAGAUAUGUUGUUUAGUGAGGAGACAAGAGUUUAGACCGAAAAAGGUCUUCUGAAAAUGAAAAUAAAACAAGCUUAAGCACUAUGUUUAGCUAACAGGAAGGUUUUUAACCAGCGCCCCAGCCAGAUUUAAGAUUUAUACUCCAUCAAAUAGAAAAAAGCUGGUUAAUGCCAAAAUGGAGUAUCAUGAGAUCAUUAUCACAGAUUGGGAUAUAGGAUUGAGAGUAAGAGCAGAGACAGAAGCAUAAUACCCUCAAUGCAACUUUGCUUAUUUGUAGGUUUUACCCUACCCCCACGCUUGCUAUCAGAAUCCCAAACAGAGACUGUGUCCCCGCCAUCCACUCCCGGUCGCAUCACCAGUUCCAUGCCACCUCGAGCCAUUUCGCGGUUCUCGUUGUUUCGGUUGCCAGUGGCACAGGCAAUGUCCUGAAUGGUGGUGUUGGUAUGAUCGUCCCUCCAAGGGUUCGAGACCCGCCUGCGAUGUCGGGCACGGGAUGACACUGAGCGGAUCCGAGCAUCCGAUGCGGCUUCUUCCUGGUACUCUUCCGGCUCAUAUAUGCAGAUUUGAUCUGAUGUGCGUGGCUCAAAGUAGGGUUCUUAGCUUUGGUUUGUAAGUGGUGCGAUGGGCCUCCGCUGUCAUUCCUCCCCUCCAUCUCUGCCUGUCUGCGACUCAGUUUCAGCCAGAAUUCCUCAAAAAUAGCGUUGAGUCGCAUUAGUCGUCUCCAGUAAGCCUCGUGGUGCGGGUGAAAUUGUUGCGUCCGCCAUUUUAGCUCGUGUGAUGGUUCUUUGCCUGCUUCUCUGGUGCAAGAACUGGUUGCCUCUCUGCCAGGUGCGUAUAGCUGGUGCCAGGGUAACCCCCACUGGCAUUGGGGGGAGGUAGGGGGGGGCAGGGCAAGAGCUGUGAUUGUGUUUAUACUCCCCGUCGGGGAGAUCGGCCGCUUCUCCCUCUCAAACAGGAAGCCGCAGUGGUGCGCUGCUUUCUGGCUUCACGUCAGGCUUCCAAAACUCUUCUGGACAAAGUACAUGCAGUUGCAGCAUAUAUUCUGCUAGUAGAUUGCCGGGUUUUUCAUAGUGAAAAGGUUAUUUUGUCUCAGAAAAUUAGUUUUGCUGGCGGAGCUUGCUCUGCAUGUGACCGGUUGGCUUGGCUGCUUGGCUCCACGCAUUAUUGGGUUACCAACAGUCUACACUUAUUAUAUAAUUUCUCUCUCCUACAUGCCCAUAACGUGGAGAAGAUUCUCUGUCAACCUUACUUUUUGAUGUGCCUUCAAUCAAAUUAUUUCUAGUGAGUGCAAACUUGAACACCACUUUUAAAGGAAGUUUUAGAUAGUACACCAUGAUAUUUGUUUUCUUCCUACUGUAGAUCGUAUAUUCUUUACAAUGCAUUGACAUUGACUGACAACUAGGAAAAAAACCCUAAUUUUAAUACUUUUUCCCCUCAUAAUCUAUACAUUUAUUAGCAAAGCUGCUUGCACAACGUAUUGAUAAAAUCCAAUGAGCAUGAACGGUUUGGGGCAUUACAGGUGCCCUUUAAAUUUGAAAUUCACUUUGAAUUCUCAAUUUAGUGAAUAACAUUGAAUGUUUGAUGAAAGAAACAAUAAAUGAGUAAUGAUUAAGUUGUGCAUUUCAGUUCAUGCAAAUAAAAAUAAACAUCUCCGAUCCAUUUUAAGUUUGGAAAGACUUUUUCGUCUACCAUUGUUUGGCAAGUGCAAUAGUGAGCAACUAUACCAUGCAUCAAAGUAAUUUUUCUUUCUGCGAGAUAUGUUUUUCUACCUGCUGUGCUCGCUGUCUGGCUGUUGCCACACGGCUCUGUUGUGAAUUGGUUUAGCUCACAAAAUCACUUCAGCUUUAUCUCUAGAGUAAUUUUAUGCUCCAAACACUGUGUAUAUGUAAAGGUGUGACAAAAACAGCUAUUGUUCCUAACGUUAAAUACUGUAAUUUUAGUUUGAAAUAAAUAUCUGCUCAUUGAGCCGUGGGAUCGUAUUAUAGUGUAGGCUUGUCAACAGGUUCAGGAGCAGAGGAGUCAUGCAUGUGGGACCAAUAGAAGGAAAUUGUUUAUGAAGGAAAGAUUGGAUUUCUCUAGUAAUUCUGUUGAGGUUUUUCAUUUUAGAAAGGAGGAGGAGGGGGAAGCUUUGUAAUUUUUUUUUUUUUUUUUUACAUUUCUCUUGCCUUAACGGAGAGCAGGAAGUUUACUUAAGCCGAUUUAACUGAGCGGGGGGAGUGGUAAGGAUGUGAAUCUCAUACAUUAAAAAAAUAAAUACAUUUAAUAUCAGAGGUAUAUAAACUGAUAUUCAUGUUUUAGAUGCUGAAAAUAAGUGUUUUUGGAAUGGAUAAUGAAGACAGUACACACACAUAAUAAAUAAAUAUAUAUAUAUAUAUAUAUAUAUGUGUGUAUGUGUGUGUAUUUUUUAAACUCUGUUAUUGGAAAAUAAUCCCAGUGACUUUCAGUCUUGUUAGCUCUCCGUUGGCUCUCCUAAGCAAAGCCCUGCAAUGCAAGGCUAGUGCAUUGGCUGAGAUGGCCAGCUGCACCUCUCGCCCCAGCUCAGUGAAGAAAGGUUUUUAUUGAGUAGUAGUGGAGGUGGAGAAUGGUGCACGGCAGAUCCCAGGUAUCAUUACAAUGGAGGGGAUGCCAGGGCACUCCUAGCACUAUAACCACUACAUCAUGUUGUGGUAGCUAUGUUGCUUAUAGUGUUCCUUUAAUAUUUAGUGUUAGUGAAGUGUAGGGGUUAAUGUUUAGCAAUAGUGUAGUGUGUUAGGGAAAUGUAAGGGUUAGUGUACUGCUUAAGGGGAAGGUCUUUAUUGCAUAGUAUAAUACAUGCCCGAGGUUAGUGGUAGUUGUAGUCCAAGGCAGCAGCUAUUUCAGCUACAGUCAUUAAAAUGGCAGCAUGUACUGUUCAACUGUGUAACUCCCACCAAUGAUGCCUGAGAUUAGUGGGAGUUACAUUUCUGGUUGGCAGCUAAUUAAUCUUGGGCAGAGCAGGACUUAUAUUGCCUUAUUUAUAAGCAGCUGGUGCAAGGUAAAUGCCUUUUGAUACAUAACCCAUUAGUUGAGCAGAAUUUAUCGUGAACAUGCAAGUUGUGAUGGUGUUUAAAGUGUCCCUUUAAAAAUGUUUUAUUUAUUUAAUUAAUAAAUACCUCUCAGUUGACCCUGUUAAGGAGGAAUAGUGCCAAUUUUAGACCCAAAUCCCACUAUCCCACUUUUCUAGGAGCUCCAUAUUGUUGGUCUCUGAGAAUAUAUAUUUAAAAAAUGCUCUCAGUAAUGUGUUUUUAAAGGAACACUAUAGGGUCAGGAACACAAACAUGGAUUCCUGACCCUAUAGUGUUAAAAACACCAUCUAGCCCCACCCUUGCCACCUUUGCCCCCUUAAUUAUAGCAAAAUCUUAUAUUUACUGCACUCUGCUGCUGUUGACUUUGGCUCAGAACAACAGAACAUAUGCCAAGGAGGCAGAUCAAAAGCAAUCACAAUACUUUCCCAUAGGAAAGCAUUGGAUUGGCUGAGACUGUCAGGGAGGCAGAUCAGGGUUAGAGCCAGCAUAAGCCAAACACAGCCCUGGCAAAUCAGUUUUCCCUUAAUAGAGGAAAGUUCAGUGUAUCCAUGCAGAGGGUGGAGACACUGAAUGGCAGUGCUGCACAAUAAACGGCACUGCCCCAGGAAACACCUCUUGUAGAUAUCUGAGGAGUGCCCAGUGGAGGUAUCCCUGGGCUGUAAUGUAAACACUGCCUUUUCUCUGAAAAGACCGUGUUUACUGCAAAAAGCCUGAAGGGAAUGAGGUAUACUCACCAUAACAAAUACAAUAGUCUGUAGUUGUUCUGGUGCCUAUAGUGUCCUAAACUAUAAUAAAUGGUUUUCAAAAUCACUUUGUGUAGGUUAGAGGCAUUGUAAGAUACAUCUUGUUCCAAAUUGCAUUUUAGUAGCAUACAUUGCAAUUGGUAAAUCACUUUACUCAAAACAGCCAAACCCCUGGUCACACCUCUUUGUCCAUUUGAAAUGUUGAGAGGUAUGUACAUAUUACUGUGUUCAGUUUCUUUUGCACAUAAUGACCAUUUAAAACUUGCAAGUAACUCUGCUGUCAUUAAAUAGUUAGGUAGUGUAAGCACCAAAACAGCUUGAGCUGAAUGAAGUAGUUUUUAAGUAUACUUACAUCAGUCAUGUCCCACACAGUCUCACUACGAAGGUCCUUGUCAUUUUUUAGUAAAAUUUUUCCAUUUCUGGCAGUGUUUGCCACACCUCACCAGCUGUGACUCACACAACCUCCAUACACUCUUGUGAAAGAAACAACUUAAUUUGGAAUGCUAUAUUCAGUCAGUACACAGAGUGUAUUUACUUUAGACGUUCUUGCCUCCUGCUCUGUUUAUAGCCUGCUACACACAUAUACGACUGCCAGCAGCCUCCUAUGUGAGAUGAAAGUUCUUAGGACCUAUUCCAGCACUAUAUAUACUUUUAUCCAAAUAAUAUUUACAUAAGACCCAGUGUUUAAUUAUAUAUUAUUAUUGUAUUAUGUUUGUUUACUAAUAUCUAGUGUGAUUUUUUUUUCUUUUUCCUUUUGUUUUUUUAAUAUUUCUUUAUUUUAUAAUUUCCAAUUUUGAUCAGUGUGUCAACAAUGCUUAUUUGCAAGCAUUUAGUAGGACACUGUCCAGCAAGAACAAUGGAGUUUCUACUGAACAAAAAGGGGGUGGAUCAGGUUAGUUGAAAAACUUGCAGAAGAGGUAGGAUUUUAGCGGUUUAGGAAAAGAAUUUUGAAAAAAUACAUAUUUUUAAAAUUUUAACUGCCUUGUUAAAAUAUAUAUGUGCCUUUGACUUUUGCUUCUUGUAUCUUACAAAAUGUUUUUUGUGUUUUUUUUUUCUUUCUUGUUUUUGUUUAUUUUCCUUCUUUUCUUACAUUACGAUUCCUGACACUGUCAUAACCACUAAUAAAGUUUAGUAAUAACUGUUACACCUUAAUGUUUUUGUUUUCUUGGCAAGUAGCAAACUGUUUUCAAGCAAUUUAGCAAAAAGCAGGAUUCUCCAUGUGCACAAAACUUUCUACAAUAUCCCUUUAGCCACCAGGAGAGCCACAUCUUUUUAUACAUCUUGAAAAAAAAAAUUGAUACUUACUGGGAAGACCAAUUCCAAAGACACCUUGCACAGAGCUAUUGCCAAGAUGAUAAAAAGGAGUUGUGUUAUAUAAUUUUUAUUGAGAUUUUGAAACCCAAUACAGGCAAAGCAAAUUAUUGAAAACAUUUUAUAACAUUCAUACUGCAGUAAGAGUCCUUUUAUGUGCAUUUGUGUAAGGUUUGCAGUGUAUUCUCACAGAGUGGCUGUAGGAUUAAUUAUAAGUAGUGCCUUAUUUUGGAAUCUCCUUAGAAAGAGCAGUGUGUUUCCCGAGAUAGAAAUGUAGAAGGGCUUAUCUCAGUUAUGUACCUCUUUCACUACAGUUUGAAUAAUGUACACUGUGUGUACUCUUCCAUUUGUUUAUGCAGAGAAGAGCAUUUUCUUUUGAAGGCUUCUAUCAUAUUAUGUAGUUUCAAUAAAUAUUUGAGGAUUUAAGACUUGUUGUUCACUGCAUAUGGUGCACCACAAUUCCAUAAACUUGGUGAAUUCUAGGAGGAAAUCAGAUUGGUUGUAAAUUGCUGAUUAAUGCACAGGUCACACCGCUUGGGCCAUUAUAAACAAUUCUGUGUGAAUAGAACCAGUUUGUUUUGGACAUGUUACUAAUUUUCUUAUUUAUUGUCUGUUUAAAAAAUUAUUUCUUUAUUAUUAAGUGAAAACUUUGAAGUUGAUGAAUAUAAUCUGGUAACAGAGAUAUUUUCUAUUAUAGCAGACUUGGUAUUUAAGCCACUCGGUCUCUCCAUGCAACCUUUAUAAAAGGACGGUGAAGAUAAAUUCUCACAAUAAAUCUACCUGAAUAUGCAAAUUAACCUAUUCAGGUAGUGCACAUAACUUUUGCAGACUCCUUUACAACCAACAGGCGGUGCUGCACAAACCCCACAGCCAGAAAGGAGAUUGCCCAAGACAUUCCCAAAUAACAUUAUGAUACACAUCCUGCACCUAUAAUGGACACAGGGUGACUUAAACAUAAGAGUUGCCUGGGGACCUACAUGAAGUAUUAUACAUAUCCUCACAGUGAUGGUGACUACCGUCACAAGCUUAUUCUCUCAUGUAAAUGUACAAAAAGAUAAUAAUUUGUAUUUGAAAAGCAAAAAUAUGGGCCUUGAAUAACCCAUUAAAUGAUGGUUAAUAUGUGAGAGAUGCAAUUCUGUGAAAAUCACACUAAUCUAUAGAUAUAUUUAUUGGAACAGUCUAUGCACCAAAAUCACAUUAUCUUAAUUAAGUGAUUUUGGAGCAUAGAUACUUCCCCUGCAACCUUGUAAAUAAAAACAUGGCCAUUGACAUUUCUGAGAAAUGGCACUGUUUACAUUUUGCAGUUUCCAUAAAGGCAUAUCAAGCUUACAAGAUGGAGCUGGCUUGGCACUGAGUUGCAGGUAAGUUUAAUGGCUUUUAUAAUGGUUCAUAAGGUGGGAGCCUAUUAAUCUACAGUUUUAAAAGACCACGUAUAAUAAAAAUGUUUUAUGUUUCUUGUUUACAUUCGAGUGUUUCUUUAAAUUUUUUAUUUUUCAGGACUGUGCUUUUAGACUUGACACGUGAUUAGGUUGAUCUUGUGGAUAUAGCCAUGGUGUCUGUUAAAGGAACAAUCCAAACACCAUGAUCAGUGCAUCCUAUUGUCGGGGUUAUAGUAAAAGAAGUGCCCUAGUGCUGUCCCAAAGCAAGUAGUCAGACUGUUUUUAGUAUGGAUUGACAACAUAUGUGGAUCUUCAGCUGUGCAGACAGAAUUCAGUCUUCUUCUGCUAAAGAAAAGGCACAUGUCUCUCUAGAAUAAAGCGCAGCUGGUCCAGGAUUGUGCUCAAUGGCUGAGAGUGUUCAGCUGAUGCGGUCAGCCAAUGAGGGCAGGCUUAUAUGACCCUGCUUACCUCAGUAGAAUAACAGUAUUCUCCUGCAGAAGCAGGUAUGAUUGCGGACACCAGGCCCAGGUAAGUUGUCAAAUCAUACUAAAAAGGUUUUACUACUUACUUUCGAAUAGCGCCAUAUAGUCUUGGUACCAUAACAACUGUAACAUUUACUUAAAUUCAUAGUCUUUUUUUUUUUUUUUUUUUCUGUAUGUUGAAAUUUUGCUCUCUGUGAGAUCCACCUAAAGGUUAAGUGUAUUGUUUUAACCCCUUAAGGACCAAACUUCUGGAAUAAAAAGGAAUCAUGACAUGUCACACAUGUCAUGUGUCCUUAAGGGGUUAAAGAAAAACUAUAGUGUUAGGAAUACAAAUAUGCAUUCCUAACAUUAUAGUGCUGGAGUAGCAGUUUAGGUCCCUGGUUUCCCUUAGUAAUGAGUUAAAAGAUGUUUUAAAUGUUCCUUUUCCCCAUCACCAUGCCGGUCUCAUCGCGACUGGCUCUGUCUUCCUGACUGUGAUAAUCAGUCUUGAUGAUCUAAGCCAAACAAAUGCUUUCCCAUAGGAUAGUAUUGUGCGGCUAUUGCGCAUGUGCUGCAAAAUGCCACACUGCUCCAGUUGUCAUUUCCUCAUAGAGAUGGAUUGAAUCAGUACAUCUCUAUGUGGAGCAUUCAGCAUUUCCAUGCAGAGCAUGAACGUAGGUGCUUCUCACAGCACUAAACUAGUAAGAACCUCUGGUGGCUGUCUGGGUGAAUGACACUAGAGGUGUUAUUGGCCACCAAUUUAAACCUGACCUUUUCUCUGAAAAGACAGCAUUUACACUGAAAGGCCUGCAGGGACAUGCUAUAGACAACAGAACCACCAGAGUAAGCUGUAGCGGUUCUGGUGACUAUAGUGUGUCUUUAAGUUUCUACUUUCCAAGUGUGUGAAAGGAUUUGAGAAAAGAGUUGGGACAGCACAUUAAUAAAAAGAAACAAAAAUGUUCCUAAAGUAAAUUAUUUUAUAUCAUAAAGUGAUUUGAAGUGGUCAUGGUUAUUAUUAUUAUGUUAUUAUUUAUAUCGCGCCAACAAAUUCCGCAGAGCUUUACAGUGGGUGGAUGAACAGACAUGUAGUUGUAACCAAACAGGUUGGACACACAGGAACAGAGGGGUUGAGGGCCCUGCUCAAUGAGUUUACAUGCUAGAGGAGUGGGGUAAAGUGACACGAAAGGUAAGGAUAGUAUUAGACUAAAUGACAGUUGCAAGAGAGGAAUCAGUCGGGCGCUAUUAACAGUUUAAUUGAUACGCUUUUAUGAAGAAGUGGGUUUUUAAUGAUUUUUUGAAGGAGUGGAGACUGGGAGAGCAUUUAACUGAAGAGGGACGUGAGUUCCAUAGGAACGGUGCAGCCCUUGAGGAGACUUGAAGGCGAGCAUCAGAGGUGGGAGUACGAACAGAAGAUAGAUGUAAGUCUUCAGUAGAGCAUAUGGGCCUAGACGGGACAUACUUGUGUAUUAGGGAGGAUAUAUAGGUGGGAGCAGCAUUUUGUAGAGAUUUCAAAGCAAGAAUGGACCAGCAUCUUAGUCGCAUCUGGCGUUAAGUAGGAUCGGACGCGCACAAUGUUUUUGAGAUGGAAGCGGCAGGAUUUGACGAUAGACUGAACAUGAGGCAUGAAGGAGAGGUUGGAGUCAAAGAGAGCACCUAGGCAGCGAGCCUGCAUGGUGGAGCUGAUGUUAGCACCGUUGACAUGGAGGGAGACAGACACAGGAGUAGCAACACUUGAGGGAGGAAAGACCAGAAUGAGCUAAUGAGUUUACCAAGGGGGGCAGUAUAGAUGGAAAACAGUACGGGACCAAGGACUGAACCUUGGGGGGACACCAACAGAGAGGAGUUGGGGAGAAGAAGUAGAGCCAGAGAAAGAAACACUGAAAGAGCGCUGGGAGAGGUAGGAGGAGCACCAGGAGAGCGCAAUAUCUUGUAGAUCGAGAAUACGAAGGAUGAGAAGAUACGAGUAUGUAUGAGCAGUGUUUUUUCUUGAAACACUGCACAUAUUGAGUUAUUGUUAAUUGUGUGCUUUUGGCUAGUUGCACCCCAGCACACGUGACUUAGGCAGCCCCAAACUGAAUUCUGGGCUGCCUAAUGUCAGUAUUUUGUGCAUAUUUUGCAUCUUUCAUCAGAGCGCAAAACAAAUUCCAUUCCUGGUUUCAUGUAUCUAUUAACCUCUUGAUUAGCAGAGAGUGUAUCAGAGAGCAUUUGCAAAGUUACAUAGCAUACAGUACAGUGCUGCAUUGUUCGAAGUUUGAGAAAUCUGUGCAUUGCAAGACCUUAUGUAAGACAGGAGGAAAAGCCACUGAGAAUCAAAAGCAAUAUUGUUCCUGGAGGAAAAAAAAAAAAGUUGUAUAGUUUGUAAAAUAAGUAAAUGAAACCUAUACAUGCCACAUUGGAAGAAAAUCUCAGCAGGAAACUUUGAUUGUUGAUGAGGUAUCUUGAAGACGUAAAGGAACUGUAUGGGCACCAUAACAACGCUAUUGAAAUUAAGUUGUUAGGAUGCCCAGAGGUCCCUGGCGCCUCAAGAUUCAGUUCAAUACACUUUGAAAUUUGAUGGUAUAUUUUAGGAAAUGUUUCUUUAAGUAAAGUUAGGUGCCCAGUGAAUAGUGCCAUUUGACAUGUAAGAUGUCAGACUGCUCAAAAACAGUGUAAUUUAUUGUAGUUGCAUUCUUUUCAAUGCAGUCUUGAUAUUGAUCAAGCAAUUUGGCAAUUAUUCACAAAUUAUGUACAUUGUUCAUAACUGUAUUGGGGUAUAGACUCAUGGCCGUUUGCGUGAUGCCAACCAUUUCCUUAUUUUCAACUCAUUUUAUUUAACACAGACAAAAAACAGAUUGAAGAAAAUCUAUAGACAGCUGGUUUGCAAAUUAUUUGCACAGUAAGUCUUCUAUCUACUGAGCACCAUUGGAUACAGUUACAGCCCUAAUAUGUGGUUAUAGCUUUUGUGGUAUAUUUAGCUGAAUAUUACCAGUUAACAGCAUAUUCUCAAUAGGUUUCUUGUCUGCUCUGAUGUGGAUCAAUUGUACAUAAUUUGUUUCGUUUUUUUAGAAAACCAUCACCUAAAUGUACUACAAAUUAUUUUUUUUUAAAUGUAACCACUUAAAAACCAAACCAGAAAAGAGAUCUUCAGGUUUUGUAAGCUGUUUUUAAGAAAUAUCCCAAUGUAAAAAUGCAUAAUUAAAUGCAUGUAGCAUUCACGUUGCUUUAUUUUUAACCAUGCAAUCAAAAAACAAAGCAUAAACAAAGUAUCAACAUUGUGAACCAGUAUUUUGAGCCUCAUGUUUGCAUUUUUUAAACCAAAAAAAAAAAAAUAUAGGAUUAAAACAAAUAAUUAAACGUAAGUUUAAUUAAAUAAUAAAAAGUUUGUGGAGCAGUGAAAGAAGAGAAAACAGGUGAGUGUAGAAAUAAAGAAUGCAUUAUUCAAUGCAAAUAAAAAAUAUAUUGAGCAGCAGCCAGAUCAACUAACAAGAUGUAGUUGAGCACACAUUUUUAAGGAGAAACCAGAUGUGGAAUUUUUUUUUCAAAAAAUGAUUAAUAAAAGUAUUCACUAAUUUGGGGGGGGGGGGAGAGGAUAUCUCAAUGUUCCCUUUCUCAUUGUUGCUUUCCCCUAUAUUUUUUCUGAAAAAUUAAUUUGCAAAAACUAACAUUUGAAUAGAAAGUAUUCACUAAUGUGUAAGGUGUGGAUGCUGAUAAGAACCUGUUGAUUCGGCUAUUAAAUCUAUGUAGCACCAAGGGUUCUGCAGACUUCUUUAGGAGUUACAGAUUUAGAUGAAAUCCUGUUUCUUUGCAGUGAAUGCAUGGAACAACGGCUAGAUAUAGGCACUUAUGCAAUGGUACCAUCCAGUUCACUAUGUAGUAGUCUAUGGUGAUCCUCUGUAUGGCUGUACCAAUUCAUUUUACCUCUAAUAGCCUGCUACCUGCCAAAAAUAAUGUAAUGAGUUUUAAUGUUUUCAAAGCACUCUGCCUGCUUACAUUAAUCAGGCAAAUGGUUAAUGCCUGCUUCUGGAUCGACUAAGUUCUUACCUUGGUUUGUUGAAAAAAAGGUUUGAGAAACAAUUUAUUGGAAGAUAUUUGCACACAGCAUCUAAUUGCUAGGCUGUGUAAACACACACGUGAUCCAGAGUGCUGCAGCUAUGUUAUCGGGCCCUUUGAGGUUAGGUGAUAUGUGCCCAUUUUAAGGUCUUGUAGGAAGUCAGUGGAAUUCAGUUUUGUUGAAAGUAAUAGAAUAUGAAGCUCAAAAAUAAAAAUCCUCUGAAUUUCUCUACAAGCCGUGACAUGAUGAAAUUUUUCACAUAUUACUUUAUCCAAUUUGCCAACCUUAGGCACUGAAAUGUUGAAUGUGACAGACUGUCAUUCCACUUUGCUCUUGGCUUUCUGCUCUUUUGGUGUUGCCCAAUUAUUUCUGCAUUCCUUUAGUGUAAACUGGCAAUUCAAAAAGUAACUCUCUGCUCUACUCUUAACCCUUUUGAAGACUAUGGUACAACGCAAUAUGUCUUAAAAUAUUAAAGGUUGUGCAUAUUGAAAUAGGUAAAUAAAUACAAGUAUAUAUUUUAGGUGUGUGUGUGUAUAUGUAUGUAUGUAUAUAUAUAUAUAUAUAUAUAUAUAUAUAUAUAUAUAUAUAUAUAUAUAUAUAUAUAUAUAUAUAUAUAUAUAUAUAUGUAUAUGUAUAUAUAUGUAUGUAUUUGUGUUAGGUGCUCAUGAUAGUACAGAGUAGGCUUGCCAAGGAAAAGAAAUGAAAAAGGAAAAUAAAUGUUAUAAUGUGGUGUGGUGGGAGGGUCAUUCAACGCUGACCUCAAACGGUAAGGAGCAAGGUAAGGGGUGUUCCUUAAGUAGGCCAGGAGUGGAUAACAAACACCUCCCACAAUUACAGACCAAACUGCCUUAAUACUUGUGUUAGGUGCUCAUGAUAGUACAGAGUAAAAAUACCCUAAUGAAAUGAAGGAUAGUAAAAAGAGCAAGUCGCUUGUGGUGUGCCAGAACUGACGAUGAGGUAGGCCUGAGAAAGAAGAGGGCAAAAAUGAAGUAAUCAAAUUUAUUACAGACAACCAAUACAGAUACACAUAUCAACCAGGCAUGUUUUUGAAAGCAUCCCUUAAUUCUUGUACUGGGUUCGGUAUGUACCGUGAAUAAGCGGAUGAUUUCCAGCGCCCCAGUGUUUUUAUAACAUGAACUGGAAUGUUGACACUGGAGGCUGUGGACGCUGCCCCUAUGCAGAAGGAGUGCCCUGAGUAGUUAGCUGGGUUGAGGCCCAGUUGAGUGAGUAAAGACCUGACGUAGGUAAUAAAGGUUGUAGUGGUGAGUAUCGAACUUUGUAGUGUGAAUAAUGGUUGUGAUGGUAGUAAGUUAUGAUGCUGUAUGUAUGCAUCAAGAAUCGUGACGGGGCACCACCUGUUGUGCGUGGGAUAGUAAGCUAUUUUUACUGGCACGUGCUGACUGGUUUUGGAGUGAGGCAGAGUCAGGAUGUAAUGAUCCAUGUGUUUUGUUAAGUGGGAAUAGAGGAGAAUAGGAGUAGAUUGUGUAGCGUUGGUCGUAGUGAAUUCUCUAGGUCUUAGGAAUCCAAGAAAGCUGUGUAGAUUGCUGCUUUGAUGACAGAAUUUGUGUUGGUGUCAAAAGGUUUUAAAUCAAGCAGGUUAGACAAUGCUUUCAAAAUAUGGUUGUCUAUGGGUAGCCUCUGUGAUGUACGUGUGGGUUCAGAUCUCUGAAUGCCCCUGAGGAUAGUCUUAAUCUGGUGAGGCCAUGAAACUUGUGUUGUUUGGUUGUAAGGUUAGCAUAUGGUGUUGAAUGCCUGUGAGAUAAAGUUUGAUGGUGUUGUAUGACAUUUUAAGUUUAAGGUGGCAAAAAGAAGCGAACCCCAAAAAAGAUGUCAUGACAAAUGGUUGCAUGAUGUUAUGUUCUGAAAGGAAUCUUUUGAAUAAUGUAAAGGCCCUGUCGUAUGUUUUGUGCGUAUUUUUUGACAGUGCCAAUUGGGACAGUGCCCUGCUAUGUUUCAUAAUGGUGUCUAGUCCGGUAUUAGUUGUUGAAAAGUUGGCGUAGUUGUGGCUGUGAGCGCAGCUGAUGGGAGUGCUUGAUGAAAAGCCUGAAAUUUAAAACGAGACAAACUGUCAGCAGCUGUGUUACAUAUACCUGGAACAUGGAAACAAUACUGGAAGAAAUUAUGACAAGCUGCCAACCAAGUGAGUUUCCUCAGAAAUCUCAUGAUCGUAAGUAAGGGAUUUGGAACGACCUUUGUUGAUGUGACAGGUUGCCUGGUUAUCUGAUUAGCAACGUACUGGCAUGUUUACCCAUAAAUGACCCCAUGCUACGGCAGCCGCCACAAUGGGAUAGACCUCAGAGAGCUGAGGUAGUGGAAAAACCCUCCAAAUCCUGAACUGCUGUAGGCCAGCUGCCCCAAAGCCAUUCGUUCCCAAAAAUUGCUGCGAAACCUGUGGUAGAUGCCGCAUCUGACCAAAUGGUAAGUGAUGAGUCAGUUAAUUGAGGGAGGAACAUACUUUUACCAUUCCAAGUGGUUAAAAAUUUCUUCCACAUGCGUAAGUCUGCCGUAGCUUGAGUAUCUAAGGACAACCUGUGUGUGUUGUGUAGGAAGAGUGGAAAUAGAUACAAGAGUCGUGAUAUGAAGGAGCAGCCUUGAGGUAUGAUACGCAUGGCAAAAUUUAGAGAACCCAGCAGGGACCGAGCUGAAGGUAGUGGUUGAUGUAGGUCAGAAUGUUUCCUAUCUUGUCGUGUGGCAGGCUUGCUUGUAUCGUGGUUGAGUCUAAUUGAAUACCCAGGAAUGUGAUAAUCGUGUCUGGCCCCUCAGUUUUCUUUGGGGAGAAUGGGACCCCUAGCUGUUCAAAUAGAUUGAUGGUGGCUUAAAAGCUACUGGGAGGGGAAGUGUUCUCCUCGACCAAUAAGAAAUCAUCCAGGUAAUGUAAUACCGUAGGGCAUCUGGCUAUGUUCAAUAAUAACCAGCACAAUGCUUCGGCAAAUGUGUCGAAAAUAGCCGGGCUACUUUUGGACCCAAAAGUUAAACGGGAGAAAAAAUAGUAGUUUCCGGACCACUUGAUGCCAUGCAGGUGCCACAGUGUAGGUUGGCAGCAAUUUAAAGGUGUGAGUAACAUCGGUCUUACUAAGCCAUGCUCCGACCCCUGCUUGUAUGAUAGCUGUAAUGGCGUGAUCUAUGGUAGUGUAUUGCAGGGAGAAUUCCACGGAGGGUAUGAGGGAAUUGAUUCUGGGGUUAGCCGAUGAGAGUGGUGCAGACAGGUCAAUGAGGAGUCUCUGUUUAAGGGAAGAUUUCCCUGUGACAAUAUCAAUGGGGUUAGUGCGCCAUUCUUUGAACGGAGGAGACUUGAAAGGCCUCAAUAAGAAACCCUCAGCAAUUUCUUGGGUUAUGAGAGUGUCAACAGCUGUUUGGUUGUGUUGUGCGGAUUGUAGAUUAGGGCAUUCCAGAAUCCCGGAUGGUAUGUGUAGAAUACCCGUGUGGAAGCCUUCUGUUAAACCAGACCUAAGUAAAUCUACCAAGUGUUUAGACGGGUGAUGUGACAGAAAUGCUGUAAAUACCGAAAUGUUAAUGGACGUUAGGUAAGGCUUAGAAUACAUUUUAUUUGGACACAUGGUUUUGGCAUGUGCCCUAAAACAUUUUAAACAGAUAUGCAAUAAUCUACAACUGCUAUAAUUACAAGACCCAACAUUGAAAUUAUUACAUAUCUGGGACUUGCCCAGAAACUUGAUCGGGCGUCCCAGUUUGUCUCUGGUCAAUUUCUCUGAACACCAGAGGAACUAGCUCCUUGCGUGGAGGCAUAUUCGUCCGCUGCGUUGGGACAGAAAUUUGUCGUAUGUGCCGUAGAGGAGCAGUAUGCACCAGCCGGUGUUCUUAGACCUGCAAAGUGUCUGCAAAAUAUGAUGCUAUCGAUCCUUCCCCAGUUGGAUCUUGUUCCAUAAUGGGAGAAGGCCCCAGACACUUUUGCAGAAGAAGACCUAUGGUAGUCAUAGAAGGCUGAUCCACCAUAUUUGUUUCCCAGGUCUACCAGCUUGUGCAUAUAAAGAUCAAACUCCUCUCGUCUAUUGGGAUAGGCCGCACAGAUGACAUCCCGGUAAAUACCAAAGGCCAGUACAAACUUGGGAAUAGUCAAUUUCCUGUUUAGGCAGGCGUCCCUAGAUCUGACCACAACAGACACAUCAUCAUAAGCAUAAGUCUUAUUCUCCACAAUAUCCUGGGAGGCAAUCAGCAGAGAAGCCAGGUUGACGUCUUUACCUUCCAGGAUAUCUCUUUUUAGGUGCUCAGGGAUCAUAUGAGCAGGGCUAACUUCCUGGUCCUACUAUGUGAUAGCUGGAGCAACUAAUAGCAAGUCGGCUGGUGCUGGGGAAGCAACAGCGGGUGGCCCGGCUAGGGUAAGGGCCGUGGUGACCGACUCAAGUUUCUCCAGCCUGGAGUUGACCUUGCUCAUGGACGCCAUGAGUGAUGACAACAUGGAAUGUAUGUCUCCUGGGUUGGAUUGGCUGGGCCCUUCCCCAGCAUCCAUGUUGUUAGUCGAAGUACGUAAUAAUUUGAAAAGCUCUGCUUUCCUUGCUGUAGCGGGGUAGGGGAUUUGCCGUCUCCUCAAUUCAGUGGUUAUAUGAGGAUCAUCCAGGAUCUGAUUGAUGCUGGACUAGUUACCUCUCCUCCUUGUGUAGGAGUAAUUGCUCUAGUCGGAGUGCUAGGCAGGGAGAAGUCCUCUACCCCUUCCUGAGACAUACUAAAAACAAAACAAUUAAUUAGUGUAUGAAAACCGACAAGAUCGUACUGGCAGGCUAGCUAAGCCGGAUGGCGAAACAUUACACUUGUUUGGUUACAGGUGAGGCCCUACUAGUUGCCAAGUGGCUUGAGAGGCUCUAUCUAUGCGUUGGCGCGAGGGGAUUCAAGGCCACCCGUCGUAGUGGCAGGAUUUUAGGCCUCUCAGUCACUAUAACAAAAAACAGGGAAAGGGAGUGACAGGUGAGGCCCUUUCUAUGCGACAUGCGAGGCGACUAGCUCACGUGUGGCCGAUGGGUGUUUGCCUCCGAACGUUGAGGCGGGGUGUUGGCCUUGCGGGACCACUAACCGAUGGCAAAUGCCAAGAAGGGAUAAAUACUUAUUGGGGAGCCUGUGACCCUAUUGCCAGUACUCUAACCUAGGGGGGGGAUGAAAUGUAUGUCAGAAUACGAUAUGAGCAGGUGUACGUACCUGGUAGUAUGAAAUAUCUCACAGCGAAUUCGUAUGGUGAAAUAUAUAAACCUGGAAAGCCUGAAAUGGGUGAAAAAGGUAAUAUAGUGAGUGUGGUCUGUGUGGGAAUGGUGUAGACUGUGUAGCCUGUACCAGAGGUGUGUUUUAAGGGUUUGAUUGUGGAGUUUUAAUUGGUAAAUGCCAGGAAAGUGUAGUAAAUACCAUGACAACAUAAAUGUGCUACAAAGGCCAGGUGAUGCAGUGUCUUUUAAUGCCAAAAUUCUGGCUAUAAGCAGGUGGGAUGUAUGAUGGGUGUCAAGUGAGAAAAGAGGAGGGGGUGGGGGAGGCCGUGGCCUAUAUGUAAAUGCACUAUGCUGAUAUAUAAUUAACGACAAAAAGGGGCAGGGAUGAAAACAAUUCUCUAAAGUGAUGAUGUAAAGUUGUAUAUAAUAUUACUGUAAUGUAAAGAACAUAUGGUUGGUUGGAUCAGUACGUGUGAUUCAACCCGAGAAUUCAUUACUUGGAAAAGGAAACCGUAUCCUUAUGUAUCUGUUGUGUCGUAGUUUAAAACACAGAAAUGAGGCCUGUAACUUUAGGCUGAACAAAACUUGACUGAAAUGGAUAAGUAUGGAAAACCCCUGAAAGCGUGGGAGUCAAAUGAUCCAUACAGAUAUGUGAGCUGGUUUGUUAUGGAAACCAAUACAAUUCUGAUAAUUUUAAACAGUAAUAGAAUUAAUCUAUAUCUAUUAAGCAAAGCAAAUCGUUUAACCGAAUGGUAUAUACAUGAAAUGAUGAAUGUAAUCCACGAAAGGAUUUAUGUGAAAUAAAUUUUAGCAAGAAAACCGAAAACCCUAUGGCAAGGGAAAACAUAAACUGAAACGAACAGUUUAUAUUUAUGAAAUUUUAUGCGAACAGGCAAGCGUGCUUAAGCAUAUCAUGAACAAGUGCGGAAAGGUGAAACAACCGAAAGGAUAGCUUAUUUAGCUGAAAACACAGAACAGCUUUAGGCGAAAUGACAACCUUUAACGAACAUACUGAGAUUAGCCGAAUAUUGCUCAAAAUGAUUCCGCGAACGGCUUGUUGAAUUUGCAACAUAACAGGAAUAAACCGUAAAGCGAGGACCCAUGCUGUACCGGACGCCGUGGCAACUGAUCCUGGCGUGACAGGUAGGUCUAACUUACGUUUUAGGAGUCCCUGGAACGUGAUCUACAAUGAUGACCGGGGUCAGGAGAGGCUGGACGGACGGACGGAAGGAAAGGCCUGUAACAGGAUUCCUGGACACAGCUUGCCGCGGAAAAAACUCGUGGAUAGUGAAAACCAAGAUGGCAUCUGAGAGAACCCAGAAGUGGAUCCUCAUUCACCACUGACCUCGAACGGUAAGGAGCAAGGUAAGGGAUGUUCCUUAAGUAGGCCAGUAGUGGAUAACAAGCACCUCCCACAAUUACAGGCCAAAUUGCCUUAAUACAUAUAUAUAUAUAUAUAUAUAUAUAUAUAUAUAUAUAUGUGUGUGUGUGUGUAUUAAGGCAAUUUGGCCUGUAAUUGUGGGAGGUGCUUGUUAUCCACUACUGGCCUACUUAAGGAACACCCCUACCUUGCUCCUUACCGUUCGAGGUCAGUGGUGAAUGAGGAUCCACUUCUGGGAUCCACUUUUGCUGUACAAACUUGGCUCUGUUAAAAUGUAUUCAUAGAUACCAUUGCUUUUCUUUUACAAAUGCACCGUUUUUCAAUUAGAGGUACAACAGCAGUGUUUACAUUUGUCAGAGAAAAGGGACGGCAUCCAUGCACCAAAACCACUACGUUAUGUUGUAGUGGCGUUUGUGUUUAGACUGUUCCUUUAAAUUUGCUGCUUUGCGGAACAUGCCUGUAGCAUAAUUUGUAUCUUUAUCUAUUUACUUUCUAUGCAUUUUGUUUCAAUUAUGUUUUUGUAACAUUAUUAUUUUAAAUAGACACAGAUGUGCCAUAAAUACAACACUAGUUCCACCAAUAGAUCAACAUGAUUUAUAGUAACAAUACAUAUUAGUGAAAUUGUCUGGUUACAUUGACAAGGCAAACAAGAAAUACAUUUUAAACGAAUGGUGUAAUUUUCGUCAGGACGUCUAUUACUUUAAGGUGGACAAGCAUAGAAAAAUAUUGUGCACAGCUAAAAAAUGGGUGAAAACAAAAAUGAGCAUAAAAAUAAGAUUUACAAAAAUUAGCCGGUACUAUGUGUUUGUUUAUGUUUUUGCUGUAUGCAUCUUUAUAGAGGAAAAGGUCGCAUUUGUAUUGAUUUAAAAAAAUAUAUAUUUUCCCUGCUUGUUUUACUGUAGUGGAAGUUGGUUUAGAGGACAUACUCUUUAGCCACAACUUAUCCUUUUAACAGGUUUUCCUGCAUGGAGAAUUGUCAGAAAUGGGUAUCAUUAAAGGCUCUAUAAGUGUAUGAUUACAAAUGAUUAAAAAAAAACCUGCUCAGGCAAGUGAUGUUUCUAAACUAGUAAUAAAGCAAGAUUUAUUAUGAGGUGGCUGAAAACACUGCAAGUAGCAAUUAUUUGGCAUACUGUAAAAAAGCUGGUAAUGGUAUUUUUACAAUUAACAUGCAAUCGCUGCAAUAAUGUAGAUUUUAAACUUGUAGGAAGAGCCCUCAAAUCUACAGUAUCAGUUAGAAAAAUAUAAAUCCUGGUAAAGAUACUUCACCACAGCCUAAAGCGAUAGUCCAGGCUGUAAGUGAACCCUAAUCUUUCAUGCAUUAUACGAAUAAUACUUUAAGAAGUAUGCAGGUAUUCCUGAAUUUGCUCAAUAUUUACGUUUUUGUGUUGAGUUCUUCCCAAACAAGGAAAUAGCUCAGCCAUGCAGGAGGCUCUUUUUUAUUUCAUGGGAGCUAAACAUAAACUCCUGCCCUGCAAGAUCUAGUACAGUCAGGCACUAUAAUGUGACCACAGCUCGUGGUCUUUGACAGUAAGCUGCGAAGGUGUCAUUUGGGAGUUGGGGAUUUAAAUAGUAGGUGCAAGUGGUACAAACAUUUGGACAAGCAGAAGAGGAAGUAUACAUUCCUUUUCUGCCUUUUGGGCACUAGAAAGGCAGAGUUACAGCAGCAAAGAAUUAUGCACAGCUCUACAGUUAAAGGAUCACUAAAGUCACCCAAACCACUUAAUCUCAAUGGUCCUGUCAUUUUAACCAGUCAAGGUCAAAUAUUGCUGUUUUGCAGAAACGGAAAUGUUUAUCUUGAUCAGUUAAACACACCUGUAACAGCCAUUGGAGGACUGCUGCACAGGUGAGUAAAAGGCGAUCACAUGAUGGGGAAUUCCCUAUUGGAAAGCAUUAGUUCCCUAUGAGGAACAUUAGAUUGGACACCACUGGAGAAGGCCAUGCUUCCUCCAUGACAACGCAGGAGGAGGAGAGGUAAGCAGAUUGAGUCUCAGUACUGGAAAAAAAUAUUUUUAUGGGACACUUGGGGGUGGAUUAUGUAACUAGGGAUAGGAACACUAAAGCAUUGGGUAUACAGGUUUGUAUUCCUAACACUUUAGUGUUCCUUUACAUAAAACUGUUUGAAGGAUAAUGCGCCUAGAGUCCUUGUUUUAUAACUUUUUGUUAUGUUGCUUGGAGUACCCUUUUAAGCUCCUUUAAACCUAAUAUGUCUCUCUUUGUGUCUAACUGAGCCCAUCAUAUAUAACAUUAAAUGUAAGCCUAAUUGACUAAGGUCAAAUUAAUGUUAAGAAUCCGUAAUAGACAAUGGGAUCUGUUUACUUAAAGGAUCACUAUAGUGUCAGGAAAACAAAGCGGUUUUCCUGACACUAUAGUGCCCUGAGGGUGCCCCUCCCAUGGCACUGAAGGGGUUAAAACCCCUUCAAUUACUUACCUUAAUCCUUGACCUCAGCUCCCUCUGCCGACGUCAGCGGAGCACACGCGCAUUCACAGUGUCCAUAGGAAAGCAUUUCUCAAUGCUUUCCUAUGGACGCUCUGCGAGAUGGAGGCAUAAUAUGCCUCCAGCGUCGCAGAUGCGCCUCUAGUGGCUGUCCGGAAGACAGCCACUAGACGCUGGAUUAACCCCAAAUGUUAACAUAGCAGUUUCUCUGAAACUGCUGUGUUUGCAUCUGAAGGGUUAAAACCUGAGGGACCUGGCACCCAGACCACUUCAUUGAACUGAAGUGGUCUGGGUGACUAUAGUGUCCCUUUAACAUUGUUGCCUUUUAUGUUUCUGUUGCUGCUACAUUUGUAUGUCAAAAUAGGAUUUUCUAAUGCCAAACUGUCCUGCAAGAAAAAUAGCUUUCAGCUAUAGGACCCAACGGUUAGCCAGGGGGUUCACUAAAUGGCCAUAUCUUUCUUUACCUUGUAUGCUGGAUACAGAUUAUAGACCCAGUAAACGGCUCCUAUUUAUUCCUCCACUAUAUUUGUUGAUGGCAUAGAAUGAAUACUGGAUAAAGGCCUGGCCAUUGGCCCCAACACCUUCCCUAAACCUCCUUGUCUACUGAUAACUGGACCAGAGAAAGCCCAGUCCCUUCAUCGAACCAAAUACCAAGAGGGAUAGUUGUUAGCGAAACAUCUCGCCUAAUUUUUGUAGUCUUAUUAGGAACACUGCAAGCAACAUAACCACUAUAGCCCAAUACUUACCCAAAAUAAUUUGUCAAACUAUUUCAGAACAAUUUACCUGGGUACUCACAGUAAACCCUUCUUCUAGAUUCUCCUUGUAUGGGUAUCUGGAUAAUUCCACUGAGCUAUGUAGGGCACGCAUAUCUGUAUUGACAAUGCUUAGCUUUGUGAAGACAUCCAGCGUCUCCUGAAGGAAAAGAGGAUGAGGUCCCGCACCUGGCGAACUCAUGUACUGUAUGUCGUUCAAACUUUUCUUAAACUGUUCUGACAAAUUAUACUAGGAGGGAACCAUGGUACUCCUGGCACCAUAACUGCUAGAGCGGACUUUAGUGGAUAUGGUGCAAUAAAGCAUUGUUUGUGUAUAGAACCUGUGUUCACAAGCCUAUGACAAGACUUCAAAACAAAUCUGGGAACUAUGAAUUUGAAGUGAGCUUUUAUACACCAUACAAGUGUAUGUUAAAUUAUUUUUAACAAAAAUUCAGUAAAUGAAAUCUAGAAGAAGAUGGGGCUACGGAUAGAUAAGGAAUCUACUCACUGCAAAUUUAUCCUUAAAGGAAUUGUCUUUCAACACUCUUUAACAUACAUAGAUAUAAUUUAGUGUAUUGAAAGGGUUAUUCAAUUAAGUGUAAUUUGUUGGAAAUACCACAUGAAUUUACAAUUUGGGACUGAAUUAGUCAAAUUGAAAACAUUUAAAAAUGUUUACAAAUCUUCUAUUUUGGUCCAAAUCUUAUAUUCAGUAGGCUCCAAAUUGUAGCUAAUUGAAAUAUGAAUGGCAAAAUGUAGACUAAAAUACAUAUAAAUAAAAUAGUAAUAUAAAUAAACAUGUGAAUCCUUGAGUCUUCUUCCUGUUUAAGGAAAAGCAUUUAAAAACCGUAAAUAAAUACAAUUCUUUAUUUAAGAAAUUGACCAUCAGGAAUAUAUAUACAUAUUAAAAGGUGCCGAUGGGCAGCAAUUACAUGUCACAUGUACAAAGCAAUUAUACAUACACAGCUACCAGAUGACAUUCCCAAAACAACAUUUAGAAUCAGAACCGUUCCGUACUCGCUCAAAUGAUAUACAUUGAUAAGUACUGCGUUAAACUUAUUUCAUAAAGGAUUAAAGAAAAAGAACCUUGGGAGUCCACCCUUUCUGGGAACAGGCAAAUAUCAUGUAUACUAAGGAAUAUAUUGGGAAUAAUAUUAAGGAAAAGCAUUUUCUAUGGAUACAGUAUGACUUGAGAUGUGUUUUUUUUUUUUUUUUUUAAGCCAUCAGUGGUCAGGGUGAAGGUAGUGUUAAUGUGUUGUGUGUUUUUCGUUUGCUUUGUAUUUACCUUUCUUAGACUGAUGCUCAUAUAUGGCAACUUUCUCCUGCCUGUGCAGAACACGGAGUAGGAUUUAUCAAGUGGGAGCAAAUACUCCCUUGAAAUGUUGUCAGCAAGGCUGCUAACCAGGAUAGCAGUUAGUGGCUUGAUUUAUUCGUUAUUUAUAUAUAAAUAUAAUUUUUUUUAAAGGAAAAAGUCAAUGUCUGGCUUUCAUGUUUCAGGAUUGUUCAGUGUCUGUUCCAGGCACUCUAGAUUGAUUUGUCCAUCUGUUUUAGUUACCACCAUCUAUACUGGGAGACUAUUUUUUCUGAAUGAUGGUCAACUCGCCCUCCUCUUCCAUAAAGCUUGGCUACCUUCCACCCUUAGAAUAUCAUCUGCGGUCCUCUUUUUCUGAGAAAUCUAUUUUCUAUUUGUAUUUCAUUUGUCUCUACAACCCAGUUUAUUAAAGACAGAUGAUAAGCACCAUUACAGCCUGGUUAUGGUGUUAUCUUACCCUUGGUGUUGCCCCUCGUUUUGUGCCAUAAGUUUUUAGUGUUUUAACACAAACAUAGGAUCUUGUAGGUGCUGAAGGCCUCCCCCUCACUUGGCAUAAUGCAGUUGUGGAAACCACAAUUCCACAUUAGGAACGGUCGUUUCAUCCAAAUUUAGUCUGCAUUCAUUGAUUGACCAAGUCAUCUGUUUUAAUCAAGCAGUGUAUGCUGUCCCUCUAUGGAAAAAAAUUGAUAUUGCUAAUGCGGAAGUGUAACUUACACAGUAGUAAAAUGGUGUCCGUGGGGCUAGACCAUGGGUGCCUGGGGGACUCUUGGUUUGCAUCAGGCUCCUGAAUUAGUCUAAUACAGCACCAGGGCACAGUGCCAAGGGGAUAACGGCUAUAGCUCGAACAUCCUAACAGGGAUUCUGCUAAUUAACAUGAAUUUAACAUUAAUGUAAAUUGCUAAAGGUCAACGGUCAUCAAAUUUUCACUUAUCAUUUUUAAAAAAAAAAAGUAUUACAUUUAAUGAAACUUAAAGGUUUUCCCCAACAUUCGUGACCACUUCUGCUUUUCGAAGUGCUCAUGGGUGAAGUAAACUGUAUGUGCAGCAAUUCUGCUAUAAAAGCUGCAAAGGCCGAUAUAUCUGCACUUUUGUGCUGAGGAGAAUAACAUUUCCUGCACAUGUGAACUCUGUAGUGAGCUUUUACGCUUGCAGGCAGAGCUGGGAGUGCACCUGCAAGGGGAAGCUACUUUUAUCUCCUACCAGCACUUCUUGCCUCUCUUUCUACAUAUUUGUCAAUUUUCUUUCUUUUUCCCCUAAUUCACUUCCUCCCCUUCUGUGAGAACGGUCAAAUCAAAUGCUUCUUUAUGAGAAGCAUUUGUUUGGAGCACAGAGAGGAAGUGAGUGAUGCAGCAUGAUGGACAGGGCGAGGUAGUUUUUGUCUGUGUCUGUCAAUGUGCCUUGGAGUGAAUGUAUGUAUGUCAGUGAAUGUAUGUGUCUGUCAUUGUGUGUCUGUGGGGCAAAUUAGAUUGCGGGGUGGUGCAUAGGGCAUCACAAAUCCAAAAUACAGCACUGUGGAGACCUCCAUUUUGUUCUUCUGUCUGUGAAGUCUGCAGUUUGCCCUCCUUUGGGAUUCUGUUGACUGUCUGUGGGUGAAUUGGUUCAGCAAAUGAAAUUAAACUUUGCUUAAGCUCUACCCCCUACUUUUUCUUAUGUAAAAAUAAAAACAAAUAUAUAAAAACAAGGAAAUGAAGGGACAAAAAAGGAUUACUUUAAAGACCAGGGACGUACAAGGUACGGCUGACAAAAAAACUUUCCUUAACAACCUCGCAGUCCUUCUUACUUACCUGAUUGCUGCCGUUCCCCCGCCGGCGAUCAGUGUUUCUCCUGGUCUUGGGGGGGACUGUCUGACUUAGUGGCGUAGAUUGGGGGGCUCCUGCCAUGGGUAAUGUAAAAUAGUGGGUACAAACCUAGAAUUAAAUUGUAAUGCGCUGUAUGCUAGAUGUUGAGGCAAGGUGCUUGGGCUAUAGCCUGGUCUCGGUUAUCAGUGGUCAUGCGGGUGCGUAAGGUGGCAGGCGUAUAGCCUUAGGGCUGGUUUACGCCUCUGCAUUGCCCUGUGGUUGUUAAUGCAUUAUUUUGCAGAGGCGGGGGUUGGGAACAGCCAUAGCUAUGAACUCUCCAUAACUUAACAUGCUCAUAUGAGUAAUAAAAUAACAAAAAAUUAAAUAAAUAAAAAAAGAAACCAGCAAAAAACAGGGUGCCGAGCAGCAUUAAACUAGCAUCUGAUUAGAGAGCUAAUCUGGAGGAGGAUAUCAUUCUGGUAUCCAUGGGGCGUGCCUUUGGUGGUUUACAGGGGGGCAGCCCGUGUCCGGUCCCACAGGUGCUGCGCCGUAGAGGUCCCUCUCGUUGUGGGCAAUGAUAAAGAGUUCCUUGGGAGGCUCAAGGUUUCCAUUAUGUCAGCCGCUUGUUGCAGGGUUUGUACCAAGUAAGUAGCAUCUCCUCGCUGUAUUUGAAGUAUCCGCCAUGACCGCCACCGAUAGCGGAAGUCUUGUGCUCUGAGCUGGGUUGUGAAGGGCUGUAUGGAUUUUCUCCAUGCUGGCGCAUGGUAUCGCGGCUUUGUGGAAGGUUUUCUGCGGGAUUGCAGGAGUUGUGGCCUCCGCCGUCUGUUCUGUACCGCCCUUCGUGUGUUGGGGAGUUGGGGGGACAUAAUGGGGCUCUGAGCUGUAUGUUGCGCACCUAUUAGUGGAAGAUCGGCCGCGUCUCACCACCAUCGGCAUGCCAGGUGCAGUAGGCCUCAGACGUGAAGUCCAGUGGACUUUUCGAUUCGGUUUCAGCAAGGUCUGCUUGGCUUUAGAGUGUCCACUUAUAGUUUGCAAAGCACGUUUCGUUUAAAUAAGUGCUCUUUUCGCGUCGUUAUGGCCCGGAUCGUGGGGAGCUACAGGCAAACAUGUCCGGCCAUGUUGGAGGUCAAGUCCCGUAUCACGUUUUUUGCAUUUUUAACACACAAAUAUAAAUGCCAACUUUGGCCAGUGUUUGUGCCUUAGUGGCUACUAAAGACUGGACAUACCCCACAUUGAAUACCCUGGGUUGUCUACUUUAAAGAAAUAUGUGACUGUGAGGUGUGAUUCAGGGAUUUAAGACAGAUAAGUGUUACAAUGUCACUAUUGAUAAAUAUUUUGAGACCGCAAAGUCCUAAAUUACAGCUAAAUACAAACACCGCAGAAAUGUAAAAACAGCCCUGAUCCUUAACGGUAAGAAAAUUCAGAAACUGUCUGGUCACUAAGGGGUUAAAGCAGAAUCUGCAAAUUGACAGAGCCGCUUUAAGAAGGAGAUUUAUGACGGUUUUCUAAAGUUUUGUUGUCUCUUGCACAAGAUAGAGCACAGUAAAAUUGCUUACUCCAGCAUGUGGAAAAGCAACAAACACAAAUUCAAACAUUGUUAGUACCAUAUAAAUAGUAAAAUAAAUAAAUAGAAUAAACAUAUAUAUACUUUUCAUGGAACAGUUGCUUCUCUUUUCACUAAAGUUUAGGGAAGCAUGUUAUAUCGCUAAGGUAGUUGGGAAAAUUCUGCAGUUGUGUAUAUGACAUGUUAAAAUAUUACUAAACAAUAAUUUUUUUCUUAAAGUUAGUCUAAUUUUCCUAGCAUUUGUAGAAGUCUAGAAACAUAGGCCAUUAACUAAGAUUAUUGAAUUUAACAUAUCCUUUUACACCGUGGGGAAUGUUACUUGCAGAAUAUAACAUUUCCAGUUUUUAGCCGUUUAAGCGAAGUCUUGUAUAAGCUUGUGUGAUGCAAUCAGUGCUAAAAGCAGCAGAUUCUUUAGCCACAAGGGAAAGUAAAAGUGUUGGAUGCGGUUUAUAGCUCCAUGUCUAAUAGCACAUAACUAUUGUCAUGUUUUCAGAGGUGCUUAUUCAGUAUACUGUGCAUUAAUGUUUAAAGCUUUCUGUUGUAAAAUGGUCCAUCUACUGAGCCAUACUGUGGAAAUACUUCUAAAUGGCACACUUCAGAGUUAGAAGUGCACACACCUCAUUCUUUGGUAACUAAGAUUAAAUUAAUUAUUGAUUAAUAUUGAACAGAAAUAUGUGACUCUCAAAAUUGAAGGGCAUAAAGAAGUCAACUGUAAAGUCAUAAACAUUGCUGUUAUCAGAUGGAAAGGUGUAUGAGUCAUAGGUUGGGCUUGUAGUACCAACAAACAUAAUAAACAGCCCACACACAAACACACCACCACCAACAUCCACAUACAUGCACACAACCCAACAUGCAGCCUCUCACAUGCAAUACUCUAAACAGCCCCACACAUACACACACUACCAAACACACAAUGUGACAAAUCCAUCCACACACACAAUUCCACAAGUAUCCCCCAUACACAGCCCAUAUUCAUAUGUAUCAUACACAAUACCACAAAGUACUCAUGAACAUAAUAGCUCAUAUACGCACAAAUACAAUGAUACAAAGCAAGUGCAGUAUAAAUAACACAAGCAGAACAUGGCAACAUGCACGCCUAAAUUUAAAAAAAUAGGACCGGCACGCUACAGGACAUCACAAUCCUAUUUCGGCACAGUGCUGCUGAAAGGUUGCCUACCCCUGGCCUAGGCCAUAAGAAGAUUGCCAAGACCAUAAAACUGAGCUGCAGUACGAUGGGCAAGACCAUACAGUUUCACAGGACAGGUUCCACUCAGAACAGGCCUCGCCAUGGUCGACCAAAGAAGUUGAGUGCACGUGCUCAGCGUCCUAUCCAGAUGUUGUCUUUGGGAAAUAGACGUAUGAGUGCUGCCAGUAUUGCUGCAGAGGUUGAAAGGUUGGUGGGGCGGGGCGGUCAGUGCUUAGACAAUAUACUGCACACUGCAUUAAAUUGGUCUGCAUGGCUGUCAUUCCAGAAGGAAGCCUCUUCUAAAGAUGAUACACAAAAAAGCCCGCAAACAGUUUGCUGAAGACAAGCCGACUAAGCAUAUGAAUUACUGGAACCAUGUCCUGUGGUCCGAUGACCAAGCUAAACUUAUUUGGUUCAGAUGGUGUCAAGCGUGUGUGGUGGCAACCAUGUGAGGAGUACCUAGACAAGUGUUUCUUGCCUACAGUCAAGCAUGGUGGUGGGAGUGCCAUGGUCUGGGCUUGCAUGAGUGCUGUCAGCACUGGGGAGCUACAGUUCAUUAAGGGAACCAUGAAUGCCAAAAUGUACUGUGACAUACUGAAGCAGAGCAUGAUCCCCUCCCUUCGGAGGGAUACACCUCCAAGAUGACCACUGCCUUGCUAAAGAAGCUGAAGGUAAAGGUGAUGGACUGGCCAAGCAUGUCUCCAGACUUAAACCCUAUUGAGCAUCUCUGGGGCAUCCUCAAAUGGAAGGUGGGGGAACGCAAGGUCUGUUAUACACUUACUAAUUUACAUUGUAGCAGAGUGUCAUUUCUUCAGUGUUGUCACAUGAAAAGAUAUAAUAAAAUAUUUACAAAAAUGUGAGGGGUGUACUCACUUUUGUGAGAUAUUGUAAGUAGUGGAUGGUAUAGGGAGCCAUAAGGAAGGGGACACGCAAGCUCCUUCUUACAGGCAGUGCCUGCAGGGGGAGAAGCAGAUUAUGCCCGUUGCCAGCGUGCUGACGACAGAUGUAAAAUAUGCACAGAAUUCACAUUUGCUGCGAAAUCCACGUGUGCCUUGAAAUGUACAAGCUCCUAGUACACAAAUUCAAAUAACUCUGGUUUUACAGUUUUUCAAUGAGAAACACUGCACAGCCAGAUUCCUUCGUCCAUGACCACUUCAAAAAGCAGAAGUAAUCAUGGACGGAGUAACCCUUGAAUGCUGCUAAGCGGACUAAAAGCAUUUACUUACUAAGCAGUCAGUGGUGGUUAGUUGGCAACCAGCUUACAAAUUAUAGGUCAAAGUAGCUCAGUUGUCAACAUUACCUAUGGAGAUUUGUUUUAUUUCACUGUGGGAUUUUUUUGUUUUUUAUUCUAAAUUUUUCAACGUGGCUGUCUUCAGAUCUCAUAUCAUUAGAAAGCUGCGAGAGCCUGUAAAAGUUAGGAGUUACGAUUUGAGUGCAUGAAUAAGGGGGAUGCAUAAUGUGCAGAAAAAAGGGAUUAUUUAUGUUGUGCAGGUACUGAGAGCAAAAUUAACGGUAUCAGGAACUUUCCAUAAAAAUGACAGAAAUGUAGUAGCCAGUAACAAAAAUACAUCUGAAUAUCAUGCUGAGAAUGUGGCACACUAUGAACUUUGUAUGUAUUAAUAUUUAAGGUUUGGUUUUACUACCGCUUCUGCAUUCAUAGGGUAAUUACCUUUAUGAGUAGAAAGGAGUAAUGGUGUGGUCAAAAAGCCACCGUUUGCUGCUUAUUGAAUUUUCUUGAUCUUCCUCAUUCCAUACUGUUGACAUGAUCAUUUGUCCAGAAAAGUAGCUGCCAUGAUACUCAGCUGGCACUAUACUGGAGAGUGAUGAAGUGUCUGCUUUUUCUUGAAUUCUUUUCACAUACGUAAACUGUCAAAUGUUUCCUCUCUUUUUUUUUUUUUUUCUCUCUCCAUAUUUUGUUUCUUUAUAGCUGAAUUCAUAUAUUUUUUAAUUUGUUCUAAUAAGAAAACAAAAGUAAAUGUAUUUUUUACAUUUUUAAUGUUUAUAUUUUUAUUUCCAAUCUGAGACACAAAAUGGUCUUUCCACAACUCCUCAGAGUAUUUUAUUAAAUAGUUUAUUUCCUGCCGGUUUCUUGGUUAUAGGUGAAUGCAGAUAAAGUGGGGCAGAAGUAAUGUGAAUACUUCAUGUACCACAACACAUAUGCACUUAAACAUUCUUGUACUUUUCUCUUUUACAUCCCAUUUGGCCAGUUUACAAAAUACGUCUGACUCCUCCUGAAACUUGUAUUGAGUCGAGAUAUAAACCUGCCAUUGCUGUAGAGCCACAUAUUUGCUAUUCAUUGCUUACCUAGCGAAGGACUAGAUUUAAUUAUUUAAAUCCAUAGGAAACUGCUUUUUACUCAUGACAUUAUUGUAGUUUCUGUUAAUGUUGUUAUUAUUUAGAAUGCAGUAACAUAUUCCACAGCAUUGGAAUUGGAAAAAUGAAAGUGGAUAUUCCAAAUGAGAAGCAGUCCAGGUUUCUCAAGUUGAUAAACUACAACUCCUUUGAUGCAUAACCAGAAAAUGAUAGUGGUUAUGAUCAUUAACAUUAGAAAUCUGAAUAGAAUUUUUUUUUAACAAAUAUGGGGAAAGGGGUUGAUAGUUUUAGACAUUUUUAUUUUAUGGCUUUUUUUUCCCCCACUGAAACAAGUAUCCAAUGAGAGUAGAUUCUUUGUUUAACCUCAGUAUUUUGGUACUAUAGGAGACUAAAAACUAAAGUUUAAAAACUAAAGUUGGUAAUUGGCACUUGGUCACUUUAAGAAAUUGAUUUAAAAAGCCUGGAGGGAAAAAAUGUAAAACUAUUCCCCCCCCCUUCUUAAUGCAGGUAGGGGCAUGAUCACCCAAGUGUUUGGAAUACACAUUUAUAUUUCUAAUGCUAUAGUGUUGUUUUAAGUUAUUUUUCACUAGCACUUAAAAGCAAAGUAUUGAGAAUGCACAAAUAUAUGUAGAUCCAAAUAAGGGCAAUUCUAAUGAUCUUGAUUUAUGGUGAAUGUAGUCUUAGGUGAAUAUAUAAAGAGAUAGGUCUGCUCAUCAGUCACUGCCUGUAAAAGGUAAUACUGGGAAAGGAAGCAUGUUGGCUCCCUGAAUGAAUUCUUUGUUGUUCUAGUAUAUGGAAUUUAGCUCAUGCCAUGCCUAGGUGUAGGUGGAUGUUUGGUUUGUGGUUGACUUGGAGGUGGCAGUGCCCGCAGAAUUUACAUUUGUUAAAACAGUAGCUUCAUUUCUAUGCUUCGAAUAAAUUUUGGUUGGCUUAGACGUAAAAUAGUUUGUGCUUCUUUGCUGAUUAUAAAAUUUAGCUUGCUUGAUGCUUGCAUUCAGUCUGUAUGCAUAGCUUAAAGGGGGAGGGGGGAUGAGGGGGACUGUAGGUUUUGUUAACCAUUAAAUCUUCUCUUGAAAUUAGAUUACGCAGACAGAGAUUUCUGUGCUAUACAUUAAGAACACACAGUAAGAACUUGGUGUGUUUGAGCACACCAUUUCAUUAUUGGAAGAAUGGUGAGGAGGAAAAUUGAAGGGAUGGUAAAUCCUUCCAGUGGUCCAGGGUAACUCAUCUGUACGAAGGUGGAUCUGACCAUAUAGGUCCUCUUAUAAACACAUAACAUGGAUUGUAACUUCAGAAGAAGAGAUGAACUCCAGACAGUAAUUACUUGCUUUUAAUGUAUCUGCGUCCUAACUGCCGAAUGUGUUGAACUACCCAUACCCAGUUUAAGAGAAAGGGGUACAGUUUCCUUCCAAAACAAUAGUAUAAUUGAUUGGCAGCCUGGAAUAUUAGUUUGAAGUCCCGGAAUUUGGUAUGUGACUUGCAUAGCUUGAACAGCUGCAAGACUUAAACCUGUGGAACCAUUUCACAAGUAAACCAGUGCCCCAUUCACUUUUUUGCCAUUAUCGCUGUUUCGUAAUUGCAUCGUAGUGGUAGGACUUCAACUCAUGUUGAGCUAAAAGCAAGAUGUCUGUUAAUAACAUGAGUAGCUAAACUUAUCUUAAGGAGACAAAUUAUGUAAUUUCCCUCAGCUUUGACGGAAUUUGUUCCAAUUGCUAUAUAGACAUGUGAACAUAAAGGACUGUCAGUGAAAUAAGAGGUAGGACAAUCAAUGCUCCAGUAGAGAUAGCCAGAGAUGAGAUGGCUAUCUCUACUGGAGCAUUGAUUGUCCUACCUCUUAUUUCACUGGCAGUGGGAGUUGUUCAGGCAGUUGAAUGUCAGACAGCAUAACGGUCAACUGCAGGUCAGAGUUUGGACAGUCAGAAUAAAGUAGAGGCAACUGCAGGUUGAAGGUAAGGUUGGAAAGAUAGGGUGGGUAGGAAGGGCAGCUAGAGGUCAGUGGCUUGACAGCCCAGGAAGUGGAGGAGACUUUUGCAAGUCAAGAUAUUGACAAUCAAAGCGAUAGGAGAGACAGCUGAAACUAAGUGGUUAGAGUGAUAAAAUUAGGGUGGUAAAAAUAAGGUACAUCCUGCAGAUAAGAAUCAUCCAUCUCUCUCUCUUUCUCUCUCUCUCUCUUUCUCUCUCUCUUUCUCUCUCUUUCUCUCUUUCUCUCUCUCUCUCUCUUUCUCUCUUUCUCUCUCUCUCUCUUUCUCUCUCUCUCUCUCUCUCUCUCUCUCUUUCUCUCUUUCUCUCUUUCUCUCUUUCUCUCUUUCUCUCUCAAUAUAUGAUUUAAAAAACUUUUUUAUAGAUAGAUAUAGAUAUCCUGCAAUAUAGAUCACUUGCAAGGAAGUAAUUGUUUAAUAUUUGCCUAUCAAUACACCAGAUAAUUGCACAUAUAUUAAUUUAUGGCUUGUUUAUAAAUGUAAUUUCAAAAAUGGAAAUGUAAUUUCUCAUGAGCUUUGUCUCUUUAAAAAGUUCAUAUAUAUGAUGUAAUGAGCAGUAAUGCCGAUAUUGGGUUCAAAACACUCAGCUGUGUUCAUUAUCAGUUUACAAACAAUCCUUCAGACAGAAGACCUAACAGUCUCAUGGAGUGCGUCUGACGUUUGUCCUACAUUGGCAAGAACUAGAGACUUGUGACACACUGCAGACAUCUUUUCGAGGCAUACAACACGGCAAAGUUACCAAUCAGCAACAUGUAUGGGCCCAGUAGGGGUAAAUUGCAGUCUACUAGAAUAAUUGCCUUCAUUAUCCUUUAUGAAAGAACAUGUCUAGUAAGGGCUUAGAAAGGGUUAAAAUAGGCAUCUCUGAAAUAACGAUUAUGUUAAUUUAAGAAAAUGAUGAGGUUAUGAUUAUAGAAACAGAAAAGAUCUCUGCAGUGGGCCAAUAAUCAGGCUGUUUCAUUGUCACAUUAAACUACAGUAAUCCACUCGCCACCCAGAGAAAUUAGUAUCAUAAUUUAAUACAUUGUGAGUUUGCAACUCAGGAAUCACGUGGCUUAAUAUACAUUGAUGGGAGGAUUAUUUUUUAUAUAUAUAUAUAUAUAUGUGUUAUUGCAAAAUAUAUAAUCCAGACAGUAUUAGGGCAAAUAAAAGCAUGCCUUGAUAGUCAAACCAGAAGGGAAUGGAAAAUUAAUGAAAACAGAAAUUUCUUUAUUUUAUUUUUUUUAGAAAGCAGGUGAAUAUAUCAUUAGAAAACACCUAUUCCCUAAAUACUGCAUAUUGACUGGAGAGCAUUGCAGAUAUGCUGUAUGUUUGCUACAGAUGAUAAAUACAUACUUUUCAGCUGUUAAAGGGACACUAUAGGCACCCAGUUGUGUCGUGCCCUUAUAGCCAUUUAGGUCCCUCUCCUUCCCCCCUGAGUUUUGCCGUUCAUGUGCAAUAGCCUCCCAAUACUUUUCUAUAUAUAAGCACUGGAUUGGAUGAGAUCAUCAAUCUUAAUGAUCUCAGCGAAGAAAGCAGGAUGGCAGCACUGAGACUGGUGCUGUGAGGGAGAAAAGGGUACGUAAAAUACUUUUUUAAACUCACUACUGGUGGGUGCUGGGACCUAAACGGUUUGUACUCCAAACACAACAGGGGUCCUUCAAAUUUCUUUGACACCAGGUUUAUUUUUUUUGCUGCUGCUCACAUGGCACCCUGUUAAAUUUGUGUGCUGUAGUAAAACAAAUAUUCUGUUAACCACUUCAUUACAGCUGACUUUACAGAUCAGAAUAGCUUUCUAAGUUGCCUUCAUAGUGAUCACAAAUAGGUGGUAUAAAAGACAUGCCCUGGGAAUGCACAAUUCCAUAUCUCCCAGCAUUAGGAAGUAUAUAAUCACAACAGGUAGACAGUCCUUCCAAGGGGUGUCGCCAAUAACACAGCUUGCGUCACUGAUGACACCCAGAAUGAGUGUGCCUGCCCAAUGAAGGGGCAUAGUGGGUGUGUCUGCCCAAUGAAGGGGCAAAGUGGGUGUGUCUGCCCAAUGAAGGGGCAUAGUGGAUGUGCCUGCCCAUGAUAGGGCACAUCAGCCUGGGGUCAAGCACCUAAGUCUGACAAAAAGGCUCCUGGCCAGUCCCAAACAUACAAAACCAUGCAGAGAGCACUGCUAAAGCACUCUCUGCAUUGUUCUAGUGCCCGUUGCACAGUGCGAGCUCGUCUAAAGAUGUGUUCAUGCUAUGCUUCCUGGCACAAUGUGCAGGACACCAAGGAACUAAAUUGGGACAGGUGACAAACGUUGAGAAUUGAAAGUGAACUUAAAAUUGAAGGAAAAAAACCUGAACUGGAAACAUUCUCCAUGUGAACUUUGUUUUUAGUUUGAUUAUUUUUGCUUUAAAUGUUAAAUUCACUUUGAAUUCCUGACAUAUUCUCUUUUUAGUGGAUAACCCUGUAUGUGUAUAGAUGUGUGAUUUGUGCCAGGUACCUAUCCUUGUAAACAAAAAUUGAAGGGGAUGCCCCUGAGGAAGGCUGUGACGCCGAAACAUUGAGGUUUUAUUGUCUCCUGCUCUUGGGUCAAUAUGCCUGUUAUAUUAUAGGUUUAUGGGUUUCAAUUUUGAGCACUUACUAUGUAUAGUGGUUAUUGGUAUGUUAUUUGAUGUUUACAUGUCUGUUCUGUUAUCUACACUUUAUCUGUAUAAUUUAUACUUGUCUACUGUAUAAAUAAAAACCUUUUUACGUGCAAAUUUAUUUUGGUGUGCUUGGGGUUAUUGUAUACUAGAUUUAUGGAUCUGGUGGGGGAUCAGAUUUUCCCUUAAAGCACCUGGUAACUCUUUACUGUACUAUUACCCAUAUUAACAGUUUUAGCGCGUAUUACAAUCUUCUAUGCACCUAUCCUUGUAAUCCUGUAGUCCUAGUUUGUGCCUUAAUAUUUGAAGUUGAUUUCUGUUACAAAGAAUAGGAUUGAUUUCUGUUGGUAAACCACUUUUCCAUUCAGGUUCACGUCUUUAUUUUAAACAGCAUCUCAUGAUGCACGUGAUCCAUGGUUGUUUUGUAUAAUGCCUACAGUGUUCGUUUUAUUUUCCUUUAUAUUUUGUCCAAGUAUAACUGAAAAGGUAAGUAUGCAGCAUGCUUGCUUUUACCUCUCUGAGCCAUUUGCAGAGAGAUGUGUAGCCCACACAGUCCAUCUGUGACUGCAUCCUGCAGUACAAUGUAGAAAAAUUAACAUAGUACUGUAAAACAGGAAACUCAAUCAGAGAUGGACGUGAGCAUUUGGUUUAACACCAUAAUAACUCAUUGUCUGGGUUUAUAUUACAGGAAAGCCCCUAUUCUCUAUUUCACAGUAUUACCACUAUUUAUUUAUAAAGCGCCAACAUUAUUGUGUAGUAUAUCCAAAGGACUUGACUUUUCUCACAAUAAAGGUACUAAUAAAUAAAAUAUAUAUAAUUAUAUAAAAUGAGAAGAGCAGCUGGCAUUACUAAUACCACAUUACGGAAUAGGAGGUAAGAGACCCAGCGGAAAACCAAAAAAGGCUUAUUAGACAUUUACCUAGAAUCAGGGAUGUUUAGACAAGCCUAACCGGUUACGGCAAGAAUCAAACAUCUUGUUAAUCUGCAGAUUGAAAGCUUGUAAAUUAAAAAUAUUUGUGGAGAGAUUACUCUGUCUGACUGGCGGCUUUUAUAGAAUUUUCUUCCUAAUCAAACACAGGAAAAAGAAACAUUUUCUGAUGAUGAAUCCAUUGAACAAACCUUAGUGCCUUCCAUAGAAAUAUUCCAUCCACGUAUGAAGCCAAAACCCAGCGCAGUUAGCUUUAUAAACUGCUGGAAAAAAAAACUGGCUUCUGAUAAUUAGUUAAUUCAUUAAAGGAUGUGUUCUAGAGUUAAAAGAUAACUGUCAAUAAAUUUUUUUUAUUUUUUUUUUUUAUUUUUUUUUAUUCAAUUUGCUUUUAUUGACAUCAUAACAAUUGGCAAUACAAAGUUAUAUGCAUCAAUACAGAAGGUGGCAAAAAUAGUGUACAUGUCAGUUAUUGUUCAUUUGGUAUAAAGGUAUCUUUAGUAUUGAUGUGAAGAGAGCAAUUUUACAAAGCAAUAGCGAGCAUCUGAUUCCAUUCCUACAUUGCAACAUCUUUCAGCAUUGACAGUUUUCAAGAAGGAACUAGUCUUAGAAAAAUAGAAAGAGAAUAUUUUCGCCAUUCUCACAAGUUUUAGACAUGAAAGCUAUAGAGAACACUCAGAUUCAGUCAUUUUAUGAAUUGGUAUGUUUGUGUUGGGAAGCAGAUAAACUGCGAUAAGGCAGAAACUUUAGUGCUCCUGCUGUGACCUUGUCUAGCCCUGCUUCCUGAGAGCGUCUCUACUGAUCCGUUGGGGUGGGGGGUAGGGAGUGGUUGUCGAGUAGUGGGGCGUUUGGGGGUCGAGGGUCCGUCAGGUAGUUUUUGUCCUGUGUGCGCGUUUGUUGUGGGUGUCCCCUUUGCGCUAGUCGUUGUUCUUUGAUGUGUGUGGGCGGUGGCUGUGUGUGUGUCAUGCGUCGGGGUGUAGUCUUGUUGGGGUGUCCCUUCUGUGUUGGUGUCUUUCUGUGUCUGUUUGGGGAUCCUAUUAGUGUCGGGGGUGUAUUGGUCGAGCGGGUGCUGUCCCGGGUUGUGAGGGUUGGGUGGGUUCUAGUAUCGUGGUGUAGUGUACUUGAGUGUUGGGCGUUUGGACAGUCUUGUUGGGUUGGUUCAUCCCUUGUCCGAUAUGUGUUGGUCAUGGUGGGUCUUUGUGGGUGCUGUGGUGUAUGGUCUGUCCUGUAAGGGAGGUGGCGUUUCUGCGGGUGUAGGGGGCAUUCUCAAGGCAGCCUGUCGGCAGUUGGUCAUGUAUUUUAACGUGUGUUGUGGGGGGCGGGUGGGAUGGGAGUGUAGGUUAAUGGGGUGAGGGCAUUGCGGGUGAGGGUAAGGUGCGGGAGGGUAGGGGAUGGGGUGUCAGGUCCCGGGUCCCCACCUCAACCCCCCCCCGCCUCCGGGGCAAGGGGCAUCUCCGGCUCUGAGUGGUCGUCUUGGUUUGGUUGGGUCGGUGGUUCAGCUUCCGUAUUGUCGUCCGUCUGUUCCGUCUGGACCGUCCCAUCUGCCUCUGCUGUCAGGUAUUGUGUGGUCCCCGUAAUUGGUGCGGUGGAGGCGAGCCAUUGGAGCCAGUGGUACCAUGCAUCAUGGUAACGUUGUAUGCGUCCCGUUGCGGAGUGGAUGAGUUCCUCGAUGCGUCUGAUGUCUUCCACUCUCGUUAUCCAUUCUCUGAUAGUCGGGGCCAUGUGUUGUUUCCAGUGUCUCGGGAUGAGGCUGCGGGCUGCGUUUAUUAGGUGUGGGAGUGCUGUUUUUUUAAAUUUGUUGAUUGGGGUCUGUGUAAGUUGGAGCAGGUAUGUGUCUGGUGAGAGGGGUAGGUUUGCUUCUGUUAUGGUUGUGAGUAUCUUGUGGAUCUCUGCCCAAAAGGGCUGGAUAAGGGGGCAGGACCACCAUAUGUGGAAGAGGGAUCCCAGUUCUCUCCCGCAUCUCCAGCAUUCCGGGUCAUUUGUGGGUUUCAUCAUGCUAAGUUUUUCCGGUGUCCUGUACCAGUGGGAGAGCAUUUUAUAUCCUGUUUCUUGGAAUUUGGUGGAGAUGGAGGCUUUAUGUGUGAGUGUAAACACUGUUGUCCAUUGUUCCGUUGAAAUUGAGUGUCCUAGAUCCCUUUCCCAGUAUUUUGUGAAGUAAGGGAGGGGUGCGUUAGUGGUGGUGGUGGUUUGCAUGCGAUAUAGUAGCGAUAUCGCGUGUGGGGGGGGGGGUUCAUGCAUAUGAUCUCGAAUACAGAGAGUGCUCGCGUUGCCGAAUUUAGGGUUGGUAUGCUUCUCAGAAACCUUGUCAGUUGGUGAUAUCUAAAGCGUAGGAGCAUAUUGUGUGGGGUAUUCGGGACCAGAGUGGUCAGGGGCGUGAUUGUGCCUUGGUCAUAGACGUCCUUCACUCUGCAGGGGGUCGGCAGGCCCAGGGCAGCCGUGUAGUGGGGGUCCGAUGCAGGGGCAAAUUUCGGGUUGUGAGAUAUGGGGCAUAAUGGUGAGAGUUCCGGGGCUACGUCUGUGUGAGUCGCCAGUCUCCUCCAAACUGCCAUUGUAGCGUUUAGGGUUGGGUGGUUCCGUGGCAGUUCCCCGGCCAUAGAUUUCGGUAGCCAGGGUAGAAGUGUCAGGGGUAUCCGUGAGAAGCUGGCCUCUAUGGGGAUCCAUAGCUUGUCUUUCGGGUCUUGUGUCCAUUCUAUCACUCGCUGGAGGUGUAUAGCAUGUCUAUAUUUUGUGAUAUCGGGUAGUCCCAGGCCUCCCUGUAGUUUGGGUCUGGUGAGGGUGGCGAAAUUCAGCCUCGGCGUUUUGCGGGCCCAGACGUAGGCCAUCAGUGUUUUACGGGUUUGUGUUAGGAAGGUUUUGGGAAUGUGGAUUGGUAGGGUUUGUAGGAGAUACAAGAUUCGGGGGAGGAUAUUCAUUUUGAGGACACUGAUCCUACCCAGCCACGUUAUGUGCGGGAGUUGCCAUGAGUCGAGGUCCUUCUGUAUGCGGUCGAGGAGGGGUGGGAAGUUGUUGCGGUAGGUGUCCGACACAUCAGCCGACAGCCAGAUCCCUAAGUAUUUAAUUCUUUCUUUGCACCAGUGAAAAGGGAACUCUGUUUGCAGUGUAGUUGUUAGUGCUAGGGGGCAGUUUACGUUGAGAAUUUCAGAUUUCGUAAAGUUAAUUUUCAAGUUGGAGAGGGUGCCAUAUAGGUCAAAUUGGUGCGUGAGCUUCCUAAGUGAGGUUGCCGGGUUGGUGAUUGUGAAGAGGAGGUCGUCCGCGUAUGCAGAGACCUUGGUGGCUCCCCAGCUACCCUCGAUUCCAGUUAUGCGGGGUUGGGCUCGAACUGCAUUGAGGAAUGGUUCUAAGCUGAUGGCAAAGAGUAGGGGCGAUAGGGGACACCCUUGUCUAGUGCCGUUUCUGAUCUCAAAUGGGUCGGAGAGAAUCCCAUUAACCUGCACCCGGGCUGCUGGAGCGGUGUAUAGGGCCCAAAUGCGCGUCAUCAUGUGGGGUCCCAGUCCCAGGUGUUCCAGGGUGGACCUCAGGAAAGACCAGUCUACCCUGUCGAACGCCUUCUCCGCGUCGGUCGAGACUAUCAGGGCGGGGGAGUGUCCUUCUCGGGCCGCGUGGAGAAGAUUGAGUGUCUUGAUAGUGUUGUCCCUGGCCUCCCGGCCCUCCACAAAGCCCACCUGAUCAGGGUGGAUAAGGCUCGGCAUCAGGGGCUGGAGGCGCAGGGAUAGUAUUUUGGCAAACAGUUUGAGGUCGGCGUUCAACAGGGAGAUCGGCCUGUAACUGGUACAUGAGGAGGGGUCUUUUCCUUCUUUCGGGAGUACUACGACGUGUGCUAGGAGCAUGUUGGGGUCUAAGGGGUCUCCGUUAUGUAUUGAGUUGAAUAGUGUAAGUAGGUGUGGGACAAGGUUGUCUGCGAACAUUUUGUAGUACUUUGCCGUGUAUCCAGUCUGGUCCGGGGCUUUUCCCCAGUUUGGCCAGUUUGAUGGCUAGGCGUAUCUCCGCUUCAGUGAUAUCUUCUUCUAGUGUAGCUAUUUCUUGGGGUGUCAGCGUUGUGGUGAUAUUCUGUUCGAUAUAUGUUUUUUGCCGCGCUGUGUGAGCCUCUUCUCCUUCGUGUGCGCGUGUGGUGUUGGGAGGUAGGCGGUAUAGGGAGGAGUAGUAUUGUCUGAAGCCCUCUGCUAUAGCCUUCGGGGUCCGCAGUGUGUUUCCUGCCAGGGAGAUCUUUUGAACAUGGGUUUUCUGUCUCCGGGCUCUCAGCGCCCUAGCGAGCAGUUUACCACUUUUGUUUCCGUAUUCAUAAAACGUUUUUUGUGUGAGUUGGAACUGGAAUCGUAUUUUGGACGUAAGGCAGGAGUUGAGUUUCGCUCUGGUCUCUAGGAGUUGUUUGUAGGUUUCGUCUCGGAGGUCUUGUUUGUGAAGCGUUUCUAGACGCGCCAGUUGGGCAGCAAGGCGUGCUAUUUCCUGUGUGCGUUGUUUUUUCAGGCGAGUGCCGUGUUUGAUGAGGAUCCCUCGGAUAGUGCAUUUGUGUGCUUCCCAGACGGUCGUUGGUGCGCUUUCUGUUGUUUGAUUGGUGGGGAAGAAGUGGUCUAGUGUGUUCCUAAUUUCUGUUUGGAUCAGUGGGUCCUCUAAGAGUGAUUCAUUAAGUUUCCAUGUCCAUUGGGAUCGAAAGGUUCUAGGAUUGUCGAUGGUGAGUGUUACUGGUGCGUGGUCCGACCAGGUCAUGGGGGCGAUGUGGGCUGAACACAGUGUGUCUAGAUCCCUGUGUUGGAUGAAGAAGUAGUCAAUCCUCGAGUAUGAUUUAUGUGGCGCUGAAUAAUAGGUGUAGUCUUUCUCUGUAUGGUGUAGGAUUCGCCAGCAGUCUACAAGUUGGUGAGUUGUCAAAAGGGUCCGCAGUCCUCUGAGGACGUGGUCCGGGAUCGUGGAGCCCCCUUUAGAUGUGUCCAUUUUGGGGUCUAGAGGGGCGUUGAGGUCCCCUCCUAUUAUUACGGUUCCUGCACUGAACGCUUCCAAUUUUCUCAGGGCUGAGGCUAGGAAUGAUUUUUGGCCUUUGUUUGGGAGGUAGAGGUUCGCGAGUGUGAUUUGAGCGUCCCCUAUGUGUCCUUUGAGAAAAAGGUAUCUGCCUUCUCGGUCUUUCUCUUCUGCUUCCAGGCGGAACUGGGUGUCUGCCGAGAAUAAUAUAGCCACUCCCUUGGAUUUGGUGGAGGGGUUAUGCGCGUAGUAGCCGGUUGGGAAGUAUUUAUCUGAGAAUUUGGGGGCUUUUGUUGCUAGAAAGUGUGUUUCUUGGAAGAAAGCUAUUGAUAUCUUAAGUGCUCGAAUUUCUCGCAGCGCUCUUGCUCGUUUUUGUGGGGAGUUCAGGCCCUUCGCGUUGAUUGUGUAGAGGUUAAUUCCUAUCUCUGCGUGCCCGGGGGCGUGGGGGGCGAGAGGCGGUGGGCCCAUCAUAUCCAGGUGGCGGGGUGUGGAGUAGGGGAGGAAAAGGGGGGGGGGAGAUGGAAGGGGAGGUUAGAUGUGUUUGAGGGGGUAGUUCAAGCGGUGUGGUGUGUAGCGGUUGUGUCGAGUCGCAGAGGCGACUGUUGUAAGGGGUAAUGUGCCACUGGUAGGUGUGUGUCCGGGAACCAAGGUCCUCGUAGUCACCUCACAGUCUCUUGGCAGUGAACCCGUGGGGCAGGUGGCGUUGGUGGUUAGGUAGGUCACCUACUUUGGGUGUCGUCUAGUGACGUAUCACUGUCUGUCAGCAUCCGUCUCCUGCUGCCUAACAGUGGUGGUGUCUGGCAUCCAGAGGGGUAGUACCGUUCUAGCGGAUCAGUUAACAACAAUGUGGAUGGUCGUGAUGGUCGCCCCUGGGCGCUAUCUUGUUAUCGUUGCGCUAUUGUGUCGGGAGCGUGCAUACGGAUAUAAGAACAGUAUUCGUGAGAACAACAUAAUAACAGCAUAUCAAAACAUGGUUACACAAGUUAUAUCCCAGUGUCAGGGAGAACAUCAGAAACUUUUAUGAACAUUUAGAGAUGGUUUGGGUGUGUUCGCACAGCACAGGGGGCCCCUCAUGGAAUAGAAUGAGGUUUGCACCCCGUGGUGCGCCGUCACCCCACACCUUUUAUAUAACAGGGUAGGAGGAGGAGGGCAAAAAGUAAGGGGGGGAGGGGGGGAAGGGGUUCAGGAAAACAAAAACACACCCCCAACAAUACACUCAAUACACUUUGUUGGAACCAGUGAGCGCAGGUGUCUCCGUCGCCCGGUGGGAACCUCUCGGUUGUUCACAGGGGGCGAGGCAGAGUCGCUCUCAACAGUAAUUCUUGAGGAACACGGAGCAUUCAUCUUACGGUAUGUAGUGGUUGGUGAGUGAUGCGUUCCCCCCUUCUAGCGUGUUCGUGGUGUCUGAGGUGUGUUUCUGUUGGACGCCUCAGAGGUGCGUUUGAUACCUGGUUGCCUGUGUUGCAGGUAUGGUCUGUGUGUAUGUCUGCGGUUUGAUUAGAUAGUAAGGGUGUCUGGGUGCAUCUUGGGUGUAUUUGGGGGGGUUCCCUUCCUGGUGUAGCGGAUGUGUGUGUGUAUGUGUUAGUGUCAAGGUGUGUAAGCGAGCCCGUAAGGUAUACUUGCACUUGCGAUGCGUUCUACGGUGGUGGGAGCCGUGGCCAGCAGUCCAGGGUGAUGCCAGGGUGUCAGUUCAAGGCAUCAUGUCAGUGGUCGUCUCUAUAGGGUGUUUGGAGCUUGGCGGGUGUGGGUCUAUGUCCCGCAUUGUGGGGCAAAGGAGUCUUGUGUGGAGCCAGCCAAGAUAUUGGUGCACUGGCGAGUCCUCUGGGGUUGUCUCUGUUGAGUUAGCAGCGUUCUUGGUGGUGUUGAGCAAGUCAUGGACUCGGGGGGCAAUAGAUGUAGGCCCAGUUAGCCGGUGAAGCAAGGUGGUUCUAGGCCUUUGGGACGGUGAGAUGUGGGUGGGUUACCGUUUUUGGUGUUGUCUUGGCGGCGGUGAGUCGCAAUCUGCUUUCUCCCUUUGCUUUCCUGGUUGCAGAGUGAUAGAGAAAGAGAGAAGAAAAAAAAAAAUAAAUAAAAAAAAAAUAAAAUAAAAAAAUAAAAAUAAAAAAUAAAAAUAAAAAAAAAUGGGGGGGGGGAGUAGGUGUCUCUGGAGGUGCCUUAUCCCUCCUGCUCCCCUCAGCGUGGUCGUUAAUGCGUUGCACGGUCGUGGUCAGGCUGGUGGUGCAGGGUGGGUGUAGGCAGGUGGUGGUGUCUCCAUCUCGUUAUUCCUCAGGGUCAAUUAGUCGGUGAUGGGUGCGUGGGGCGUCCCUGUCGGGCCCCUGGUGGAUGGUACGUUGUGUUGGCCUCCCUGUGAGGCGUUCAUUAAGCGGGCAUGCAGUCCAGUCCGAAAUAGGGGUGCGGGGGAGGUUUAGAGCCUCCUGGAAGGCCAGUACAUCUUGCGGCGUGCGAAUUACUGCUUCUGUGGUGCCCUGUCUGGCUGAGAGGGCGAAAGGAAAUUGCCAUCUGUAGCGGAUUUGGGCGUCUUGCAGGGCGGCGGUGAGGGGCCGCAAGGCUCUUCGGGCCUGUAGGGUGAGGUGGGAUAGGUCAUUGUAAAGUUCUAUCGCCUGUCCCUCUAUUCUCCAGGUUCUUUCUGUGCGUGCUUUUCUCAUAAUUUCUUCCUUUAGUUGGAAGUCUGGUAUGUGGCAAAUUAAGUCCCUGGGGGGAGCGCCCGGGGGGGGCUUGGAUCUUAGUGCCCUGUGUGCCCUGUCCAUGUGGAUGCGGGCAUCCCUGGGUCUGCCCAGUAUGCGAUUAAAAAUCGGGGUCAGCGUGGCCCUGGCGUCUUCUGUUGUGUCAGAUUCUCUGCAGCCUCUUACCCUGAUGUUAUGCCUGCGGCUGCGGUUAUCAAGGUCCUCUAUGUGGAGGCGCAGAUCUUGUAUGUGCCUGGAGUGGGCCUCUGUAGCUUGUAUAGCAGGGCAGUGUGGGUUGGGGCCCUGUGUCUCUAGUGCCUGUACCCUUGUCUCAAGCGCUGUGAGUGAGGUGCCUAGGGCUGAGAUCUCUGUGCGCAGGGUGGCUUUUACCUCAUCCAGUAGUGUCUGGAAGUCCUCCUUUUUCGGCAGGGAAGUGAACAGUGUGUACCAGUCUGGUGUCUGUGGGGCUUGCCGGCUGCUGUCAGUGCGCGGGUAUUCCUCCGACAGCGUGGAGCUCGGGGAGGAGGGCGCCAUGUUGGAGGCCUCCUCCUGGGAGAGGAAAUCCCCUGGUGUGUGGAGGUAGCUGCGGAUGGAGGGGUGCGAGCCGGUCCCCUGUGUUCUCGGCGUGGAUGGGGUCAUCUGGGCUCUCUUGGUACGUCCCAUGGGUGCCAGGUCGUGCUAGUGCGGUGUGUUUUUUGCGGCUGGGAGCGGAGCUCGGGAAUUAGGCGGCCAUUCCUGUUCGGCGCCAAGCCACGCCCCCAUAAAUUUAUUUUUAAACCUCAAAAUUAAUCAUAUUAGUCAUAUUUGAGCUAAUAAUUAUUAUUUAUUUUUAUUUUUUUAAAACACGUAUACUGAACAUUUUGGAUAAAAGUCCUCUCUGACAGCAACCCCAUUUGUACUUCCAUAUUUCAGCGCCCAUGGUUGGAUUGAACAGCAAUCUGAUAGUUUUAUGAUUGGUGUUUGCCCUGCUACAGCACAUUGGCCUCCCUAUGUUUUCACCAGAGCUGGGCGAAAUUGAAAGUUUCUAUUUUAUUUUACUAAUAUUCCAGCAAGUUACAAUGUUGGAUUUUUUUUUUUAUUGCAAAUUCUUUAUUUUUGAAUUUUCAUAAGUUUUUCAGUUGUGGGGGUAUCCGAAAAAAGAAAGGGUUACAAUGUGUCAUAAAAAUUGGGGUACAUUUUCAAGCAUUUCACUGUUACAAUAAAAUUUUCUUACGUUGUGUUGUCUUAUUGCCUUUAACAAUCGUAAGUUGCUAUUUUCCGUCUUUUUUUCAGGGUUGGAAAGAACAGGUUAGAAAAAGGGUAUCGGGAUGUUCCCCCUACGUAACGUAUCUAUAGCCGUCUCAAGUUCAUUGUUUUGAGUUGUUUAGCCUUGUUUCUGUUUUGUGAGCCUUUAGGCUCGGUGGUGUGUAGAGCCAGGUUUCUAAGUUUUUGAGUGUGCUUGGUCUCGGUCGUUGCCUCUAGUUGUGGAGUCUUUGUCCGUGAGGUCUGUGUCGUUACUGCGUGGGUAGGAGGUAUAAAACUUGGAAAUAGGGGAGGAUUGUGGAUGUAGGGAGAGGGCUAGUUGCCCCAUUCAGAAGUGGGGGUCAAUGUUUGAUUUUUUUUUUAAUAUAGCUUUUUCAUGAAAUAAAUUGUUCAGUGACAAUCACCAACAACUCAUAUUAGUUAAGUGAACUUCAUGAUCAUUAUUAUUUUAUUAUAUAGCGCCAGCAAAUUCCAUAGCGCUGUACAAUGGGUGGACUAACAGACACGUAAUUGUAACCAGACAAAUCAAUGCACAGGAACAGAGGAGUUGAGAGCCCUGCUCAAUGAGCUUACAUAUGUCUGCAUUGCUCUACUUAAAAAAAAUUACACAAGAACCUCAUCUUUCCCCUUCCUCUAUCCUCUGAUCUUGUUUCUUUCUUUCCUUUCUCUUUUUUUUUCCCCGCAUGAGCAGUAGAACCUAUUUCUGUUUAAGAGGUAUUAACUGUAACUUGGCCUCUUUAUCUAUGUCUUGUAUAACUUUGGGCACCUGUUGAUACUUUUGUUUUAUUCUUUUUCUCAUUGAGGUUGCAUUCAUACCCCGCAAUACACGAUUUUCAUACUUACAAAUUAAAUUUUGUUUAUUGCAAACAAAUUUUGUUUGCAAAUUAUGCCUUUAUUAAAGUUCCCGGAGUUCACAGUGCAGCAAAGCUGAUAAAUACGGGCCAACAGUGACUGUAAAUGACUGACUGUAUCCAUAGCUGUAGGGGAGGAGAUAGCGGGGGAAGUCAGAAGUUCAAUCUCCCUGACUAUCUGAAUGUCUUUAAAUGGAGCACAUGGGGGCGGAGCCUGACCGCUGAGCCGUGCAGCUGCAACUGACACGAGCUCCAGCCGGGCAGGCAGAAAACUGGGCAAAAACGACGACGGUCAAGCUAAUAAUCCCCCGAGGGCGCAUCACCCAAGUUGGGGGUGCCCCACUGAACCCAACGACACCCCCCCGGGACCUAUCAGAACCGGGACCGCGGAGAUCCAAAUGCGGCCUACUGGAGCUGAAGCGGAGGGGAGACGGCCGUUCCUCUCGGCGCAGGAGUCCACGAGCGAUAUCGCCCCAGCGCACUCCAUCCACACCCUUCUCUGGAACGGUGGGGGACACCGGUCCCCACAGGGCAAACAGACCUGCUGCAAAAACAAGCAAGAUGGAGGUGGAGCAAAGCAGGGCAACAAACCCACACAGCCUACACCUUAAAAGCGGAGUACCAGUCUCAAGACACAGGUCCUCACUGGAAACCUUUGAUUGGCUCUGCGCAGGCCUCAGGAAGGCUUUACACAGCCGGGGAGUAACUCACCGCCAAGCUGAAGUAACGGUGGCCUCAUGGAUACGUCCUGCAGCGAGGCGCAGCUACUAUAUGCAGAUACCCCGAGCCUCCAAGAUGGCCGUCCGGCAUAACAGACACUGCCUGGCCUCGAGGUGGGAUAUGGCAAGAAACACUGUGGCUAUGAACCAAGCGACACCCACACAUUCCCAACCUGACCGAAUCCCCGGCGAUCAGCGCAACACAAAACACACCUCCCUAUACAAGCGACCACGCGACUGCACCACAUGGGGGACACUACCGGAGCAGACCCCCGAGGUGGAGACAGCGGGCCCUGCGGCAGCAAAGACGAAACAAGCAGACACAAAGCACAGGACUUACAUCACUGGGUAUAGGCUGAAAAGCCUACAACGCUGCCUCACAGGGGUAUUUUUAGCAUGGACUGAUGUGAAUUCUCAUAACAGCGGAAUACCCAGCCGCAUAAAUAUAACAAAGGCCACAUGUGGACUAUACCCCCAUGACAACGCAGGACACACUGCAAAAUGCUCUUCAAGGUUAUUUGCCCAGCUAAUUAACAGCAAAGCAUAA